AUGAGUUCACAACCGGACGGAGGUGCACACUCACCCAGACUGGAGGCUGUGAUACAGGUAGGAUACUACGGCUCUUGUGGGACUGGAUAGAGGGUUACAAACAGUAACAUUCCCCAUGCAUUUAGCCUCACAUAUCCAUAAUAGUUGUAACAAAUGAGACAAAAAAGUAUUGUGAAAAAUAUGUGCAUGUAACCCUAAGUUUAAAGGAUCCUUGGAUAUUGGUGCAUCUUGCAUUAAUACUGCAAAGUAAAUAUGAUUGCACCUUGCAAGGAUAUUAUUUCACACAAAUUUUUGGAACUUUGCCAUUAAAUGCCUUUUAUAACGAAAUUAAUUGGAGAUACUGACACUGAUCUACACAGUAACCAGCAAUUAAACAAAUACUGAGGGCUCCCGGAGUAAAGCAGACAACUAUGUUUCUAAAAAUUGGUUCAGUUCAGGUAUAAAGAGGCCCAAAUACAAAAUGUAGUUACUGUGCAGUUACUAUGUUUAAAAGAGAGGAAAUAAUGGAUGGCAGGAAUCCCUUUAGCUUAGACUGAUUUUUUCUUGUAUUUCCACCUCCUCCACCUCUUCUACUUCCUGCUGUAUCCACUGCCCCCUAUCAGCCAAUAAAAGAAGGAAACGAAGGAAAAAAAAGAAAAACCUUAUCAAUGGCAAUUCAAUUUUUAACUUUUAACCUGUUAUUUUCAGCUGAAUCUGAGUUUUUAGCAUUUUGCAGAUGAUCAUUUCUAUUCCUAUUACUUGACACAACAUCCCAGCUUUUCCAUGGCUGUAUAUAUACAAUGUCCUUACUACAUUUUUAACUUGAGGUAAUUUUCAUUAAUGAGAUAUAAAUAAUCUAAAAUAUGUGAUAUUUCAAUGGAAAAAUACCCCAAACUAUGUCAAACAGAGUCUAGAACCAAGCUGAAUACAGCAUAUAUUAUAGACAAACUCUAAAACAGUUCAGUUUUGUACAACGCUUUGACACCAGUGUUGAGCACAAACCUUUAUAGUUCAUGCUUUGGUCUUGUAAUGUAAGUAAAUGUGCCGUGUGCCCUCACAGUUGUACUGAUUUUUCAAGUUAGGGUUUUUUUUGCAUUUAUAUAUUAUAUAUUUAUUGCUGUGACUGGCUGUAGAAGUUGGAGGAGUCCUUGCUUCACUCUGAUGGUAGCUCUGGAGAGAGAAGUCUGACAAUGCGGGAUGAUGGACAUGAGUCCACUGUCACGCCUACGCCUGUCUUGAGUAGCAUCCGCCAGAUCAUCACCCGCAACCUGAUGGAUCAGCCAGCUGGUAGGAACAAAUGAUUGAAUUCGAAUACUCUGCCACACGUACUGAAUGCAGUUAACUUAAGCAAUACAUCUGCCCUGCUAGAUAUCAGUUAUCAUGUAACACAUGUGGUGAGAUUGACACUUCAGUAUGCACGAUCCAACUCUUUUCCCAGGUGAGAGCCCUUCAGGCAGUGAGCCAGAGGAGAACAGGGCUCUGCAGGAACAGCCGUCUCCAAGCCAGAUGAGCCGAGACCAGCUGUCAGUCAAACACACCAGUAUGACUGACAAGGUAGGAGUGACACAGAGUGGCAAGAGUGUCACACUUCGGUCAAGGCUAAAGUGUGAAAUGCAACAUUUUACCAUUGUAGCCAUACUUUGGAACAAUAUUUUGUUACAGAAGAGGAGUUAAGGAUCAAGACUAAGCUAAUAAAACUUCAAAGUCCUCAUGAGACCAUGAGAUCUGAUACAGACUUUCAUUGGUUGAGUUUUUUUUUCAACAACAGGACACAUCAAUCCUACUAUGUGAUAACUCAGAGUCCAUCACAUGAUGAUUAGCCUUUAGUGGCGACUGCUAGCAGAUACAUUGUGUCAGAUAUCCGGGCCAAAACUUCCUGUCAUGGGCAUUGAUAACAGCAUGACUGUCAGGAAGUCCUGCUUGGAAUUUUAGAUACCCAGGAAAAUACAGCACAUGGGCCUCAGUUUACCACCACAAACUACACCAGCUGAAUGAUGUAACAUGAAUGCAACAUUCUGCAUACACUGCCUCUUUGAUGCAAUACAAAUACAAAAUAUUUGAAUUAGGAAUAAAGUAUAAGAAUUCCCUUACUUUCACCUCAUUCACCUCAUAAGGACUGUACUCUCAGGAAUGAGCUGUUAAACUAAGCAUAUGAGUAUGUAUAACCUCAAUUAUCCAGUCUUUUGACUUAACCCGCACUUCCCCUCCAUUCUAACUUACAUCUUUGUGCAUCUGUAUAAUCAUAAAGACACUGACAAGAUGUUUGAUUUAGAAAGUUUUACAAUCCAGCCACUGAGUAGAAGUGUUUGCACCUGAUUUUGAAGCAGGACUGAACCAUUUCACGUAAACAGUGAAAGGCUUUGCAUCACAGAGGUUGCCAGUGUUACUCCUUCCUUGCAUCAAAUCCCUGUGAGCUAGUUCAGGCAGGCAACUCUAGGUGCUAUAAAUUCAUAUUUACCAUACAUCAUUUUUACAGCCACCUCACAAGUAUCCUCCAAUGUAGGCAGUCUAUUUAAGGUAUGAGAAAGACUGCUUCCGCUUUGCAUCCAUCACAUCUUUUGACUGCACAUGCCUACAUCAGUAUGCUUCAUGUGUUACAGCAGUAACUGACACUUGAUCAGAUUGUAUCACUAAAAAAUAUGUUUUUUUUAAAGAAAUGUUUCCAAUUUUAGGAGCCUAGCUGUUAGACAGUGCUUUUAAACUCAGAUGUUGAUGCAAAUCUUGAAAGAGCUGGAGUAUGUAAUACUGUAGAUGGUAAAUUUGUGCAGUUUUGUUUGGAGAUGAGAUCAAGAAGGUCAACCACACUAGAGCAUUGACUGCAAAAAGCUACAUGCGUUUGAAAUGGAAUAUGGUUACCAUAAACAUCAGUGUACCACAGCUCUUUCCAGCAGGGAAAGCCUUUUGGGGCAAAACAAACAAACAGUGCAGGGAGGUUGAAACAGCUUUGCAUGUACUGUGGUGAAAACAGAGAAGGAAAAGGUUGUUUCAUGUGUACUCACAGGGAAUUAAUUCAACUUGGAAAAAGCUCAUUUUAAAAGGCAUGCAUUUUUCUUUGAUUAAGUGCUGUAGAAUUACGUUACAUAUUACACUAAGUACUGUAUAAGCAUCCAUUGUGUGGAUGUGUGAGUGCGUGUGGAUGCUUGAGUGUGUGUAUGUGUUUGUAAGAGUAAAUAAAAGCAGAAGGAGGGUGGCUCAUGAAGGGUUUCCUUGUGGUCUGUUCAGGUAGACUCAGACCCCCUGUGCUCACGAGGACCGGCGUCUCCCUUCAUAGCCCCCCCAUGGUUCCCCCUCCAUGUAGCGGCUGAUGUUUUGGGGGAAAAUUGUGAAGGUCACCGGCCUCUCCCUUGAGACCCUUGAAGAAAAGCUCGUUUUUCAUGGUGCACAAAGCAGCCAUUUGUGAUAACACUGCUCUCAUUCUGCGGCUUAAAUCUAAUGAACUCCCUCUGCUUGCUUUGCUCUUGGUACUCAAUUUAAAACCAAGGCUAUAAAUAUAACUAAAUUAGCUUGGCAGAUAUAUAUAGAAUAUUUAUUUUGUUGUUAUUUUUAGGUGUCAAAGGCACUAAACAGAAAGAAAAACAUACGCAACUGUGGGGGAUCUGAGGUGCUCGUAUCACUGUGGAGCAGUUUGAAGUAGACUAAAGAAGAAGGGACUGUUUUCCCUCUAAUAUCACUGGCAUUAUAACUGUUGAUGCCGCUGCUGAUAAUAAGAUCCAGGAGUGUCUUACAAGUCAGGAGGUUCAUUCCUGUCAGGACUUGUUUCUUCCAGUAAAAGCUAUUUUCUCCUCUUUACUACUUAUUGACUGCACAACAGCACGAUAGUUUGGCACCUCUGUUGUGAUGUGAUGAUAACUCAGUGUGCUAAUCAGUCCCCUCAAGCUAAAUUGACUGUCUUGGCUGUGGCAUCGGUAAUGCUAACAUUAAUGUCGACUAUCUAAUCUGCAUAUAACUGUCUGCCUCAGCAUUUGCUGCCAAAGGGAUAAAAUUACUGAAUACAUCACACACUGUGUUUGUCAGCACUUUAAAGGCUCAUAUUAGUAAGGCUUACCUGAUUUUGAGUAAGCAGCCAGACAGCACACAUCUCAUCUGAGAAGCAAGUAAACAUAAUCCUUUCUAGGCUUAAAUCAUGCAGUUAUGAUAUCCAACUAAAAGCUUUGAUGUUGUGCAAAUUGCUGCUAAAAACAAAAGCUGAUGGUUUUAAAAUAACCAAAAGAUGUAUUUAAUUAAAAAGGGUGCAAGUCAACAUAUCAAAUAUUUAAAGUGAAAAUGUUAUUGUUUAUGAAAAAGGCUAAUUUUAUAUAUAAUGCCAGAAACACUGUUCAAAACAGUUGGGACAGGGAGGAUGUUGACCAUUGCAUCGCGUCACUUCCUCCUUUAACAACACUCUUAAAUGCAAUUUUACAGUUUAGCAAUUUAGCUAGUCAUGCUGUUGUCAUAGGUUCAAAAUGGCUUUGUCCUGCCGAAAUAUGCAAGGUCUUUCAUGAAAAAGCCAUGAUCUGGAUGACAACAUACUGUAUGUUGUGUUAUUGUGCUUACCCAGAUAGGUGAGCCACCCAUGCAGAGAGAAUAGAUGCUGGCUUUUGAACUAUGUGCUGGCAACAAGUUGAGUAGUCCAUCCCCUUUUAUUGCAGACAACUUGGCUUCCAAGAUUUCCAAAAGGAAUGUCAAGUUUUUAUCGGACAGUCUUUCACUUUGCUUCAACCCGUCUGAAAUGAACUUUGGCACAGAGACGUUGCAGGUGUUUCUGGAUUAUGUCUGUUUAUUGUCUUUGCACAAUAGAGUUUCAACACACAUUUUCAAAUGGUCAAAUAUUUUCAUUAAACAAGAAGUUUUGUCAGUUUUAUCAUUUGAUAUGUUCUCUUUGCAUUGUUUUUAGUUAAAUACAGGGUUUAGAUAGUAUGAUAACUAUCCAGAUAUAUUUUUACGAGUAUUUUGCACAGCUUUUUUAACUUUUUAAGAAGUAGGAUUGAAUCUUUCACUCUGAACUUUCACUUAUUAUUGUAAAGGAAAUUUGCUCUGGUAAGUUUCCUCAGCUAGGUUGUAGUAUCAACACCAGGUGUUGAGGUCCAUGUGGUUGCCUGCAGUGUACCCAACCUCAGUGCCAGUCCCUGCAGGUAGCUGGCUUGCAGGGUGACAGCUCUGUAAAAUUAUCUCAGGCUAUGCCCAGUUAUAAGGAUAGAGACAAAUUCAGGAGCAGUCUUUUUGUUGCAUGUAACACUGAAAAGUACCUGAUGUGAUUGGGACUAGGUAUCACUCCAACACGUUUGAAAAUUAUAGAAUCUCUACUGGUUGGUGACAUCGGGACUGUAAGAAGUUUCUUUUUAAUUAUUUAUUCAGAAAAAUGGCAUAAUGGGUUGAUUCAAGAGUUUGGGGUUUCUGCUGGCAGGUUUAUUCUAUACUGGUCAGAGCUAUGGCGCGCUGCUCUCCCAUUUUCAGGUCAGUUUGUAACAUCCAGAAAUAAGAUGUAACUUUCUCUUCUUUGUACGGAUCUGACAGCUGUUUGACUUUUCUCAGUUGAAACAAGCAAACAGAUUUCCUCAAAUGUCUACUUCUCCUUUCAAAUACCCUGUAGAUUGACUUAAAAACAAAGUCUUUCUCUCACAUGUCAUUAAAAUGACAACAAAUUGGUGCCAAAGGUUUCUGAAUGACAUCAAUCUGAUACACUGAUGGAUGAAAAAAGUCCACCGCCCUUUUUUGCCAGCCACCCAGAGGUCUUGUUGACCUGACAGAGCGCCAUUAACGGUAUACUGGUGAAGUCACACCUGGACUGUGAAAGCCCUCCUCUGUUUCUCUGUUAAGUCACUCAGCUUGAUCUCUGGUAACCCCAGAAAAUUGCACCUGAACCUGGAUAAACCUUGACCCAGUUUGUGAGUUGCAUGGCCUCUGGAGGUUGGAGAGCAUGUUGGGGUGAAUUCUGAACCUUCUGUGUUGCUUUUGGAGGCCUGCCAGUGUGCAUUUUCUCAGACAUAGACGGCCAUACUCUGCAGCCUGAACACUCAGUGAGUGGCUGCACAAUACCACAGUGUGGCAGUCAGUCAGAUAAAGAUAAACUCUUGCUGAAUGAUUUCUGACACCAGCUGCCUUUUGCCCGUGUCCUCUAAAAUCUUGAAUCCCCUGAGUCUCUGUGUCAGAACUCUGUCAGAUGUAGCUGAGGCAGAUAACGUCUGUUUUUAAGGAUUGUGUUACUGUCCCUUUUUGCUCUGCUACCCCCUUCUGUUUCUCAUGUUAUUCCUGCUGGCACAAACCCAUUUAUUUAAACUGCAGUUUGACUGGAACACAGCCAAAAACUCUCAACUAACAUGAAAAUUGUAAAAAUUAAUUGCCAUCCCCAGAGAAAAUAUGCUUAAAAGCACAUCCCAGAGCUGAAUUUCUGAUGAAAGUCUUCCAUUAAAAUGUUUCAACUUUUGACAUUAGCAUGCUCAUGUUACUGGACUUUAAAGUCAAACAUUAAGCACAUUUUUCAGUUCUUUUUUACAUGUCAAGAUUGUGUAAUCUAAAGUGAAGCCUUGAACAGGCUGAGCGGGUGUAUGUGUGCAGGGUUUGUGCAGCCUUGUCCUUGCCAGGGGCAUUGUGUUAAGUACUGCAAGGCUGGCCACAUGCUUGUGAGUACACAGCAUGUAUUAUUAGUUUGGCUGUAUUUAAACAGAUCACUUGUAUCCCUUAGUGCCAUCACGCAGCAGCUGUCCCUGUAACCAGAAAGUUCACUCCAUGGUAACAUACACACAGCCGCCUCGCUCCUCCUCCUUCCUCACUUCCAUUCCUUGUGUUUGUUAUCCCACAUUGUGUAAUUACCGACAGUGAUGAUACAUAAACAGCUUUCACAAUCAGCUGGGGCUCUUUCACGGAGUCAGCACUCCGGGGGUAAUGUGAGGGGAAGGGGAGAGGGUAUGUUGUUGAAGUAGGAUAGUACGAUUUUUUGGGCAGCUUGGGGGCGAUGGACAUCCGCUCCAGCUGUGUUUAGGAAUCUGACAGAUAGUGCACUCCAUUAAUUCCCUUUAUUAAGCCUCUGGGCCUAGGCCAAGCCAGGGAAAACGGUUGCAGCUGUAACCCUUCACAUGCUGGCUGGGACUUAGCACUCACGAACAGAUCUUGCCCCAGGCUGAAAGCAAAAUAGGAUAAAAAGGAUCUGUAGAUGUGGAGUGGAUGCUGGAGAUUCUUGGAAAUUUAUCUCUAAACAGAUAUACAAAGACAGACCUGUAAAGUUAAGACAAGAGAAAGCCUCAGAAAUGCAGAACAAUUUUCAAGACAUGCAUAAAAGCUCAGCUGGAAUCUUAGAUAAACUAGGUGGAUCUUAAAUGUUGUGACAUGAGGUCAGUGAGAGAAUAUUAUAAUCAAAACUUGGUAACUGUAAUGGAUUGGAGUUUGAUCUACCACAUGAGCUAGGCAGCAAGUUCUGGCCCAAACACCAAAGCCUUUACAAAGGCCUUGAAAAUGAUUCUCUUGUUGCUCGUUGGCAGAUGAAUCAAAGCAAGAUUAUCCCUUGAUGUUGUUUGAAAUAUUUAUCAAAAGAGACAAUGCAAGGAGUGGCACAAAUCAUAAAUAUCAAGGAAUAUAAAAAGCUAAUCCAAAGCACAUUUUAAGAGACUAAGAAAAGGUUUUUACUUUGGAAACAAAAAUGUGGCUCAGGAAACAAAUACUGGGGAGUGAAAAAAGAGAAGGAACCACAUGGAGGCAUAAAAUGUACCAUGACCAACAGGCUGUUGUAUAAAUUGCAUCGUGAACAUUAUUGUAGAAUGGCAGUAGAUGACCUCAAAGAGAUGGGCUUCACCAGAAUUGAGCACAGCCUGUUUUAGGGGGCCAUGGAGGCUACUCAAGAGCGAUUGUAUUCUGAGGCAGAUCAUAAAUAGCAAGGGGUGUUCCGUGAGCACACUUCUGGGCCUCCAGUAAGCCCUGUAAGCCCCUGCGUUAGGGCAGAUGGAGGGCCGGGAUUACUCACCUCUCUGUUGCUUUUUUACUGCCACCACUGAUGGCUGUGCAGAGGGGAACAAUGAGUUCAAGCUCACUUGGGGAUGAGAGAGAUGAGAUUAAAUGAUCCAAGCAGAGCAGUGGAAUAGAUGGUGGUGCAGGGGAGAACAGUGAAGGUGGAGGUCUACACUAUGGGCUGUUUUGGCGCCCUCUUGGGAGCUUCCUGCAUGAAGCAUGUCUAAUCUAGAGCAGCCCCCGGCCUCCUGCUUUACAGCUGACGGGGGAGAAACAAUAAAAGAAAAAGUGUCCCCUCUGUAGUGUGGAUUGGGGCGAGUUGCUGGCAAGACGCCGACACAGUGCAGAUAUAUAGGAAAAAGUGUAAUUAACCAGUUUGAUCUGCAGUGGGCGAAGACUUGUAGAGGUAACCUGGCAUAUCUGGUCAUUGAGUACACAGCAAGCACGAGGACUGUAGUUAUCAACUGGUGACUGGUGCUGAGGAAACUUAUAUGAGAGGGCAAGCAGUGACAUGCAAGAUUAAUUAUGUCGAUACACAGAAGAAACUUAUCAGCAAUAUUAUUUUAAUAUGAUGAACUUUGUGCUGUUUGGAGGUUUGCUGUGUUCUUGCACUGCACUUGCUCUUCAUAUUUCGUUAGAAAACUGCACAGAGAUUGAAAAGUACAAAAGACUCAAGAUAUUUAAGAGGUCUUCAAAGAGGUUUUCGUUUUCCUAUUUUUUGAACAGAAUCAGAUUUCAAAUGUUGGAUGUCAAUACAAAAGGUGGAACAUUUUUUUAAAUGUGAGGUAGCAAGUGUUGCAGUAAUACCAUAGUCUGCUUUGUAUGGCUUGUGCAAAAGGUCACACCAAGAAAACAUUAGAGAGAGAGAUACAAGAUUUGUCGUGUCACGAUGUCAUAAACCUCUUUUAUAGAUGCAGACUGAAUCAUCACUUGGCCAAUUAAUUGGCUGACUGAUGGCCUUUUGACGUGAUCUGCAUCAUAUCAGCAUUUGCCCUCACAAGGCAGAUCAGAUACUGCUGUUAUCUUUCAAAAUGAAAAACACAUUUGACAGCAUCCAUCCAUCCAUCCAUCCAUCCAUCCAUUUUCUACUGCUUAUCCUGAGUCCUAAGCAAGCCCAUCAUCUGCGAAAAGCAGUGACCCAAUUCUGAGACCACCAUACCAGGUCCCUUCAACACCUUGGCUGUGCCCAGAUCCGUCCAUAAAUCUGUCCAUAAAAGUUAUGAACAGGAUCAGUGCCAAAGGGCAGCCCUGCCACUGAGGAACUUCUUAACCCCCUCAGCAACCUCAACCCCAGAGAUAGAAGAGCCAACAUCAGAGUUCCCCAGCCCUGCUUCCUCACUGGAAGGCAUGUUGGUGGGAUUGAGGAGGUCUUCGAAGUAUUCUUUCCACCAGUCGACUAUGUCCUGAGUUGAGGCCAGCAACACACCAUCCUCACCAUACACAGUGUUGACAGUGCACUGCUUCCCCCUUCCGAAAGGUCCAGAGGUUCUGGACCACCAAGAUGGUUUUCAAGAACCUCUUCAAAGCCAUCUGGAAGUCAUUGUCCAUGGCCUCACUGAGAUCCUCCCAUGCUCAGCAACCGCCAAAGCUGCAUCUCGCUUGGCCUGCUGGUACCUAACAGCUACCUCUAGAGUCCCACGUGCCAAAAAGGACCGGUAGGACUCCUUCUGAAGCUUGACAGCAUAGGUACUGCCAUGACAGGCACUGACCUGCAAACAGCCACCUCAACAAUUGAAGAACCGGACAUGGCCCACUUGGACUCAAUGUCCCUUGCCUCCCCCAUGAUCGAAGUUCUUCCUGAUUUGGGAGUUAAAGCACCUUCUGACAUUUUCAGCAGGCCCUAACAACAUGUUUUGGUCUGACCAGCAUCCUUCUCCACCAUCAGAGCCAGGUGAUCAGUUUACAGCUCUGUCCUCCUCUUCACCUGAGUGUCCAAGGCAUGUGGCCGCAAGUCCAACAACACAGAGUCAGUCAUGUGCCAAAUGCACAUGUGGAUACCCUGAACAUGGUGUUUGUUAUGAACAAUCUGUGACAAGCACAGAAAUCCAAAAAACAAAGCACUGCUCAGGUUCAAAUCAGAGGGGCUGUUUCUCUCAAACAGUGGCGGCUGCUGGUCUUUCAAGGAGGGGAAGCUCAUUUUUCUGGCCUACAUCAUAAUUGUAUUUGUUUAUUAGUAUGUAACAGAACAGAGUCGCCAAACACAACGGCAGUCGUUUUUUAACAAAGACAAAAGUUGCUGAGGAUCGGUAAAGUCUCCGGAGCAGUUAAGAACAACGGAAUGAAUAACUUGGAAAAUGCUCUGGUAGAUGUUUUAUUCCUCAAGAUCGCUGAUUCGCUUGUUUAGCUGUCAAUCAAAAAAGGAUUUCGCCUCAGACAGCUCAUCCAAUCAUGGAUGCAGAAGCUCGGAGUCCGGGAGAAAGUCGGGACCGCCCUCUCGCCAUAGAACUCCAGUGAAGCUGGGCUUCCGAAUGGGCGGGACAAAGCCCAGCAUUUAUCCAAUGAGCGUCUAGUUUCGCUGCUGGAACAACCCACUUUAAGCUUCCACAUUGAAGUCAGCAGAAGCUGAGCAUCCGGCUGUUUAAAGCGCUGAGGCGCUGCGAGGAUGAAUGAGAACAAAGUUAUGCCGGUUACCUGUGAUUAUCAGCUUCUUAUCACAGUGUCUGAACAAAAGAUGAAGGCUUUCUAGCACGUAUUUAGUUAAUGAAAUGUACACACAGCCGUACGUAUUUCACCACUUUUUCUUUUUUUUGGGGGGUGACAUUUUAAGGGAAGCCGAGCUUCCCUUGCAGUCUUAGAGCAAUCGCCACUGCUCUCAAACUUACCCCUCCAGGUCUCUCUGUUGUUGCCAACAUGGGUAAUGAAAUCCCCCAGCAGAGCGAGGAAGUCCCCUGAACAAGUACCCUGCAACCCUUUCUAAGGACUCCAAAAAAUAUGGAUACUGCGAGUUGCUGUUUACAGAAAAGGCAAAAACAACAGUUAGGAUCUGUCACCCUGCCUGGUGAGGUGAGGCUACACUUCAGUCCACUGGGGACGAAAGUGUACAUACAGGCACCAAGCCAGGUAGCAGUAAGUAUUGCCAUCCCUGCCCUGCACCUCUCACCAGUGGCAACUUCAGUGUGGAAAAGAGAAAACUCCUCCCAACAGGGCUGGUUCCAGAGCCCAUGCUAUCUGUUUAGGUGAGUCUGAUUAUAUCUUGCUGUAACCUUAACAUCUCGCGCACCAGCUCAGGCUCCAUCCCUGCCAGAGAGGUGGCAAUCCACAUUCCGACAGCUAGCUUCUGCAGUGGAGGAUUGGACUGCCAAGGUUCCCGUCUACGGCUACCAACCAACUCCCACUGCACUCCAUGGGUGCAGGCCUGGCCACCAAGUGCUUACCCCCACGCCUGGCUCCAGAGGGGUCCCCCUAAUGACCCAUGUGUGGACGAGGGAAACUUGAUACCAAUAAUUUUAUCCAUCAUAAAGAGUCUUUUUGAACUACACUUUUUCUGGUCCCUCCCCCAGGACCUGUUUGCCUUGACAGCAUAUCAAAUCUAAAAAUAUCAGAGGCAGGUGUUAAAUGUAAAUUCUGUUAUAAUGUUAAGAAUAAUGCAGUUUAAUAAUAGUAUAAAUAUUUUCAUUCAUACUAAGUUCAGAUAGCUGGAUAGAUUCUCAAAAACCCUGUAUGGCAAAAUUGUUCCACUGUAAAUUAGGCAAAGCUACGGCAAAGUUAUUAGUGGAACAUUAUCAAACCUGAAAAUGAGCAUCACACCCCUUCAAAGUUGAAGAAUAAAAUUUACGGUUUUCUGGCUCUAGAGGCCAAUAAUUAUAAUUAUAGCAUUGAUAUACUUCAUGGUUUUGUUGUAUUUGUGCUUAUUACUUUGGGGAUACCCCUCUCAACCAGACAAGUUCUGUGUACUGUCAGUGUUCCUUUACCAAAAAGCCUUGAAAACAUCACCCACAUGCCUGCUACUAAGCUAUCUUUCAGCGUAUUUUAUAUCCGUAACUGUUUACAUCCUAGUUAACUAUCAACCUUGUCUAUAGUCUAUUACAUUACCUUAACUGGUGCACUGCCAAGCCUCUCUCUCUCUCUGUUACUUCUGUCAUCUUGUGAUCACUGGAGUUGCAGGAUUAUUUAUUACCCCACCCCAGAGCUUGGGUGUGUGCAAAUAACAUAUGUCUUUGGGCAUGUCUAUGAUACAAACAAAACAACAGUAAAAGCAUGGAAAGAAAGAAACAAGCACUCAAACAUAAUAAUAGAGUGCACAAUAUAAUAGCAAACUGUCAGAGGCCUGCUGGGAUGAAUGAGUCUUGAACUUCUUUAGAGGGGUGUUAACAUGGAGACAGGACUGGGUAUGUACAGUAUAAAGGAAGAGCAUCCCAGUGUAUGGCAGCACAUUAAAGUCAUGAUCGCCUAUAGGGAAUCUGGUUUGCAAGAGAAAAAAAUGAAGCCAUUAUGGGACUGCAAAUAAACGGUAGCUUGUUUAAUAUCGAACUGCAGCUGACUCGAAAGGCCAAGAGGCUCUGUUAUUACCUAUAUUCCACGUUUAUUGCAAAGAUGAAUAUGUUGCUAGCAUAAUUUAGAUAAUUGUUUGGUUAUCUACACCUCAUUCCUUUUAAUACCAAGUUUUUUUUUUCUUUUAUACCAUUCAUUUACCAAAACUGUACAAGGGGAUAAUGCUAUCAUUACAUAUCUGGUUUUAUUUAAUGAAUACUAAGAACUCUGCAUAAUUAUGUAUAAUUAGGAGUGAGGUUGAAAAGUUUCAUAUGUGUAGAACUGUAUGCAGAGAUUUAAACACCUUGGACAUUUCUGUAGGACUCCAGAUUCAGAUUGUGCUCAUCUGUUGUCAUAAAUCUCAUAUGCUACGGCCCUUGUGUUAAAGGUGUAUUUAUGAACUACAUGCUUGUUAGUAAGUCAGUGUUAUUGCUUUAGUCAUGCCAAAAUAGUUGAAAAGAUGCAUAAUCACUUAUGCUUCACACACAGCUGUUUCCAGAAGUCCCUUUAAACACAGCUGCUGCAGUUUUGUGUGUUUCAAACACUCCGCCCAUGUUGUUCCUCCUUUUCUUAGUCCCUAAAGCUGUCACCUCAACAACGGGCAGUAAAAGAAGCUUUUGUGCUCACCAUAUCCUCAGAGAAAAACAGCAAAAGCACAGGGCUAAGUGCCUGAUGGUUGUUAGUGUAGUUUGUAGUAUAAAAAUCUGAAAGGGGCAUUUGAAAAUGUGUUAAUAAUGGUGGCAAAGUGGCCGGGCUCAGUGUUGAACAGUGAGACUAUUGUUUUGGCUCUCUUGGAGCCUGCUGGAGAGAUUAAGCACCAAGAGAAGAGAUGAGGUACAGAGGAGAGGUGGGAGGGAGGGAGUGGGUCGCAGGGUUGAUUUGAAGGGCUUGGAUGGUGGUUUGGAGGGAGGGGGCUUCCUCGUUCACGCUCACGCUCUCUUCCUUUCCUUUUAAAUGAGAAGUCGGCGAGGGCAGCUGGAGGCACGCAGAGUGUUGUAGUGCUCUGGGGCCAUGUGGUUUGUAUUAGUGAGGACAGGGUGUCUGGCACCGGGAUGGAGAGUGGGUGGUGCAAAGGGAGUUUAGGUUGUGUGAGGUUGAGAGGUUACAGGACAUUUGGAUUUCAGAUAUGGGAGAGGAUACCAGAUGAGAGGAAUAGCGUAUGUGAAUCUUUGUUUUUGGAUUUACUCAAAUUACACAGCAAUCAUGCAUAAAAACCAGUAAACAAACAAACUAUACUUGGACUUGCUAUUGACCUCCUCAUAACGUCUUUAAGUCUGGCCAAUGUUUGUCCAACCCUUACACUGUACUGAUACUGAUGGUCUCUAGAUUUCCCAGUCAAUCAAAUGUUAACAAUUACAUGCUUUGUGUUCAUUGGGGGAACAUACUAUGCACAUAUUUUGGACUAUAUCAUCAGUGCCAUUGAAAAAAGUGAUGGUAGUAAUUACCAAUCAAGAGUGGCGCAUUGUAGGAUGUUCUUUUUGGCUUGCUCAUGCAUUUAUGUAAAACCUCAAAAUUGCAUUGAGCGGAGCUCUCAUGCUUUAACUCUAUUUGUUCUUAAACUGAACCCACAAUGAACUGUUGAAAACUGCUAAAUGACUCAACAGAAUACAAACAUAUCCUCUCUCCCAAACAUUAAUCAUCAGUACAUCUAGAUAGUUAGGGUGAGUAAGACUGAGUUCCUGGCUUUUUAUGCUGGGGUAGGCUAAUUUGGAAAAGGAGAGCUCUUUAGAAAUUGUGUCAGGUAAAAUGUCAUAUGAACAUGCUCUGCCUCAGCUUGAGUGCAGUCCGUGAAUGAGCCCUACGAAGAGAAGGCUUCAUCAUCACAUACAUCAAAAUGAAACUCCCAAUCACAAAGAAUUAGGGUGCUUUGUCAAAUAUUGGUAAAACAGAUUUAGAUGGUUCAAAAUCCAUUCAAAAUCUUUAUUUGAUUUGAAAUAGUACAAAAAAACUCCACAUCAAAUGUCGAAACUGAAAAUUUUUAUUGUUUUAUGAAAGCUAAAUGACAUAUCAAAACUGGGUACAAAAAGGCAUCCUGAGGAGGCAGAGUCUCUGAAAUAAGUAAAGAUAGAAAGAGGUGCCCCACAAUGUCAGCGUCUACAGUGGAUAAUAUCAUUAGGGUACAGAGAAUCCAGAGAAAUCUUUUUUUCUUUUUUUCUUUUUCUUUUUUAUCAAAAUCUUGUUGUUUGGUUUUUCAGGGCAUAGUGCAUAUGUAUUCAGUUGUUACAGACAAGAUGUAUGGAAAAACAAGUGUCAAAAUCAAGCAUAUUAACUCAGGGUGAGAAGUAUUCUUAACAAAGAAACAUGAAACAAAUGAAAUAUAUAAAGCCAAAAUAAUCCCCUGCACUGCCAGUGAGCUUUUAGACAUCAGCAUCGGCCUGUCAUCACAAUGUUACAUGAGAAGUGGAUUGGUAAAUUGUAGUAAUGUCACAUGACCACAAGGUUUGAAAUAUGCGUAAGAAAGGGUCCCCACAAAUUCUGUAACUUUUCAUUUGAGUGUUGAAGUGAGUACCUAAUUUUAUUUUAGUAUACAGAGAAUUCUUGACAAGACCAAAAUCCAAAACUGGAUGGGUUUGAUCUCUGGGUGAUGCUGAACCAAAAACAAGCUUAACUGCAGUGGAAAUCCCAGCAAGGGCUUGAUAAAAUCCUGUCUGUGAACACAGCUCAUCUGUGAAUCCACAAAUGCAGGUUGAAACUGCACCAGGAAAAGAAAACCAAACAUAACAAUGAUCCAGAAACACUGGCCAUGUUUUUUGGGCCUGAGAGCAUUUAAGGUGGACUGAAGUGAAGAAGAAAACUGUCCUGUGGUCUAUCAAAUCAAAGUGGACAUUUUUUUCCGGAAAUCAUAGACACUGUGUCCACCACUCUGAAAUGAAGAGAGGCAGCCUGGAUUGAUCAACAGUUCAAAAGCCAGUGUUCCUAAUCUAAGUUAAAUAUAGAGCUCAAUUGAUUUGCAAACCACAGCCUCCUAACUUUCGUAGCAUUUUAUCAAAAAGAAUAUUCUUAGAACUGCAAAAAAUAUAACAAACCUUUUCAACACUUCUUAGUAAGCAGAAUUAAUCAACCUUGAAAAAAAAAAAACGUUUAUUGCAUGGCUGUUUUUAACUUUUUAGUAAAAAAAAAUAAAACUGGUUCUUUUACAUUAAUCAUAAUCAUUCAUCCUCCUCAUCCCACCACACAGCUUGAUCAGAUGCUGGUGUUGCAGUCAUCACUGGACUCAGACCAGGACAGCAUAUCACCAGGAUCCCUGCAAACCCUGCAGAACAAGGACAGAGCUCAUAGACAAAAACUGCAGCUCUUCCAAGAGGCUCAGCAGAGACAAGCACAACUAGUGCAAAAGCUGCAGAACAAGGUGACUUUAAAUUAUCAUCAUGACUCAGAAACAGUUACAUAAAUGUUUCUUGCCUCUGGCUUAACUUUGCAUUGUCCGUUUCUUUUAUACAAGGUCCUUCAGUACAAGAAAAGAUGUGGGGAACUGGAAGAGCGGGUGCUGGAGAAGACCUCAGAGUCUGAGAAGAUGAGAUUGGUGGUAGGUCCAGAUUGUAGUAUCACUUUCAGUUACAACUAUUGCUCUGAUAUGAUUUUGUUCAAUCUAAAAUAUGGUCCAGGAGGUCAAUCUACCUUUUACACCAAACCAGACUGGAACUUAUCAAACUGAAUUUCUUGGCUUGCUUGAUUAAAUCCAUAUUUUGCUUGUUUUGCUAUUUUACUGCAUAAUGCUUUUGAACAGAGCAGAUAAAUUCACAUUCACCUAACUGAACACCUCUAGGAGAUUUUGAACCAGUAUAUUGUCAUUAUCACCAUCACCAAAAUAGGAAAUAUCUUCUGUCUCACCCCUUUGACUGAUAAAUUUUUGCACGAUGGCCAAUCAACCUCCAAGAACACUUCAGACACAAGCAGUUGUGUAACUUUAUCUUGUCCCACUUCAGUGGUAUGAACAAAAGAAGACUAGAGAACAAUUUGGGCUUGGUCUCAUCGUCAACAGGGCAAAAAUCCUGAUGCGCCAUCACCCUUUUGUGUGGAUUGAUUUGAUAUGUUUACUAAGUGUGAUCAGGCCGUCUCUACUGUCACUUUUGCUAGUCUGAAUCAAUAACUGUUUUCAAGGAGGUUUGACCAAUCAGAAUCAAGUAUUUUACACUGCUGGGUAAUGAUUAUCUUUAUUUUGAAUCUUUCAGCGCAAGUCCAUACUUUAUGCUCAUACUUUGUUUCAGUAGAUUCACUGUUUAUAUACUAUAAUGUAAGUAUUAGCUAACUGCUUAAUAACCACUUCUACUAUUUAUUGAGGAUUUCUCAGGGUUCAAGCUGUAGUGUCAUUGUUAUUUUGUGUGUGUGUGUGUGUGUGUGUGUGUGUGUGUGUGUGUGUGUGUGUGUGUGUGUGUGUGUGUGUGUGUGUAGCUCCAGGACUCUUCCCAGCGUCAGCAGCAAAUGGAGCAGGAGCUUAACAUGGCUAUCCAGAAUAAAUCUGCUCAGCUGGAAGAGGAGCAGAAAAGGUGAGAAAUAGGUAUCAUGCAGCGCAGAGGGAGAAACUUGCACAGCUUCUGUCAAUUUUUAGAGAAGGGUUAAAAGUUUGGAAUCCACACGUCCACACAAAAAGUUGCUGCAUAGCAGGGAGUUACAUAUUGGAUGAAGACCUAAAGCAGUAAAUUCACAGACAGGUCUCUUUGAAAUUUGUGUCUGUUUUGCUUUCUGCAUUUCGUUUUGAGAGGGCGAAGUCAAGCAGAAAUACUUCUGUGCAAAGCAUGACCAGAGAUAUUUCCCACAGUUGUCCGAGAUGCCCUGCUGUUUCUCCUGCCCCUGCUGCAGGGUGGUUGCAGAACCUGCCCUUGUUGGCAAAUAAUCUUAGCAUCCAAUUUGUCAGAGAAGAUUUGUGGGGCUAUGUUGGCUUUGUUUUUCAAAUCAUUUUAAUGAUGCUUCACAUCAGCUAGGGGCCAACUCUUGUUGCUGAGGCCAGGAUUUAAUGCCCCAUGAUUAAUGGAGCCAUGGAGCCAUGGAGCUUUCUUUGGCCUGUUGUGAAAUCUGUGCCAAAACUUGAUAACUUUCAUGAAAUACUAUUUACUACUAUAAAGCUCUAUCCACUUUAACACUUUGUAAUAUGGGUGUAAUCUAGAGAUCAAGUUUACAGUCAUAACUUCUGUGUUUUUGUUUAUUACCAGGAUUACUCAACCCCUCUUUCCAUAUGGCUCAGUUUUCUCUUAGCACAAUCUACGCACAAACAUGGGAUUGGCUUUCUCUUAGACAGAUAACCAAACAUAAAAUGUGGCUUGUUUUACUGUAAGAGUGUGUGUGUUUAGUGUGUGAAUGAUGUAAAUAUUUCUGGAAAUGACUCUGUGAGUAGAUCUGGUGGAAAUUAAAUUGAAGCUGACACAGGAGCCAUAAAACUGUCAGAUUUGUUCACCCUGUAAGUGUGGUUGGAAGGGGGGAUUUUACAGGCUGCAGAUGUAACAAUGAUACAUGACCUUAUGAAUGACUAAGCUGAGGUAGGAUGAGGCGAUACGGCCAGAGAUGUUAUCACAAUAAAGUUCCUUAUUUCAGUUGAUAACAAUAAUCAGCAUGAUGACUGUCAAAUCAGUAUUCCUUUUUAAUUUAAGGCUGGUUUUUCCUCCUGUGUGUAAUUUGAAGAGAGCAGAUGGCUAAGUCGCUCAUAUCUGUGAUCAAGCUUCUUGAAUCCCUUAUUUUUGACAGUGCAUGUCAAAAAUAAGCAUGUCUUUUACAAUCAAACACGCAACUGCCUUCGUUAUGUCUUAAAGCUCUAUUUUCGUGCCCGCCAGCGGUGCGGUGCACAGUGGUAUAUUAUUACAGCGCAGCCCGGUGCACAGCCAGUUUGGUAUUUUUGUAGACUGAGGCUCACCAAGGUGAGCCAAGCUGGAUUUGGCAGUGCAGUAGGGGGAGAUGUCGACAGAAUCAGCUGGCGCAGUGACAUUUUCAUGCUUGCUGGUGGUGCAGAAAGUGCGCUGAAAUUCAAACCUGGUCAGCUGUCAGAGCUGGCAGACUGCAGCUGGUGAGGUGGUAUUUUAGCAGACCAGAGCAGCAGUGCACAUCACCAAUACCUCAGGUUUCCACAGUGUCAGGCAUAUUUCCGUGCAAUAAAUAAUCAACAACAACCAAUAUUUAGUGUAACUAUCUAAGUCAGCACAUGCAUUUAGAUCAAUAUAUUUUGAUGUAUAUCUUGUCUGAUGAGUGCGUUUGGCACUCGUAUGUACACUCAAACUGACUGAAUGAACACAGCUGAAACCGUGUUAAAUUAAAUAUCUAAUAAAUAGUCACACAUGAUGGAGUUUACAAGAUAUUUAAUUUUUGUCAAAAGGCAUCAUGCUUAAAAUCACUGAUGUUAGUGUUUGCUGCUCCUGCAGGGUCCACUUACAUGCAUUUGUUACUGUUAUGUCCUGUGGUUUAACAGGGUGGUAUUGUCUCAGUCAAUGGAAAAGGUUUGUGGUAUGUAUGACCUGUCUUAUUCAGCAUGUCUUUGGCACAGUUUGCAGUGCACACAGCUUUCUCUCCAACUCAGCAGUGGCAGGUGGUUGUCUAGCAUGAGUCUGGUCCUGCUCAAGGUUUCUGCCUGUUGAAAGGAAGUUUAUCCUUGACACUGUCACUCAUGAGAUGAGAUGGGUAAAAUCUGUCCCAUCCUAAAGUUUGGUCUUGGUAAUUCAUCAAACAAUGAGUGUGGUCUAGACCUGCUCUUUUUUGGAAAGUGUCUUAGGAUAAUACCUGUUUUGAUUUGGAACUAUAUUGAUAAAAUUUGAUUGAUUGAUUGAUUAGUUGAUUGAUUGCUCUGUGGAACUAUAAGUACCCAAAAUAUCUCCCAUCUAUGGAGGUUCAGUCACAGCCUUUUUUGUUGGCACUCUUUUUGCCCUGCUUUGAGCUGGAUGGCUCAAAAGGCCUUUGAAUGUUGUUCAUUUCAAUGAUGUUUCCUUUCUGCACCAAUGUCUGUAAGCCCUGGAAAUUGUAUAAUAAUGACAGUAAAGCCAUUGUUUUAUUGACUCAUCCUGAGUCAAGGUAAAGGAGGGUGCCAUACUUGCUGUUGGUCAGGAUUAAGGUGCCGAUCAAUUUUUAAUGUUAUAUCCCUUGUUAAUUUCAGGUGUGCCAGCCUCAGUCAAGUGAAUUCUCUGCUGCGGGAUCAACUUGAUCAGGCUGGUACUGUCAACAUUAGUCUAACAGAAAGCUUGUGGAAGGCUCGAGAAGACAUCGAUUUGUGUGAUAACCGUCUGCGCAGAGAGCAAGAGGUGAGAAUCACCACAAAAAUAAAGUGCUGGAGUGAAAAAGGCAAACAGAAAAAAGCUUAAGUUUAUUCCUUCCUGCACAGAGGUUGAGCAAUUAAACUCCCGUUGAGUUCACAUGGGGUAGGAAUUCCAUUCAUAGCCAGUUUUGUCAAUUCACUCUCCUUCUCUGUUCAUUUCACUGCUAUGAUUUUUGAGUUGUUGUUUCCUGUGAAAACAUUCCAACUGCUGAGGGGGAGGAAAAUUUUGUGCAAACAAUCCGGUGUUCAUGCUGUAAAUGGGCUACAUCUGUUGAUUCAGGGAAAUCCAACUAUUUGUAUGUGUGCCAGUUUGAGUCCAGGAGUUCUAGUGUUACAUGUGUUUAGGGUUACAAUAAAAUCCAAGGUGUCAUCAUUUGUUGUAAGCAACCCUCACCACCAGCCUUCUAGUCUCCCAUCCCCUUGUUGUCUCCUUCUCUCUGCAGACAUGCGCCUCCCGGCUCUGUCGUGAACAAGCUCGUGUCAGAGCACUGUGGCGCCAGGCCGCUUCCCUGCGGAGCACUUUCACCCAACUAAGGACUUUCACUGACAGGUGAGUGUGGCGUGCUGCCAGAAGCCCUCCAGCAACUCAGGAUUCCACAAGAACCCCCACCCCUCUUGUGUCUCACACUCACGACAACAACCACAAUCCAUCUCUCUCAGCGAAGGAUCAAAGUGGAGCAGGUCAACGGGGUCGCCAUUUUCCCCGCUCAUUGUUUCCUCACUUGGGGGACCGAUGGCUUAUGGUGUCCUGCCUCAUUGUCCAAAUCAUCUAUCAGAACAGAGCUUGAGCCCUAUGAGACGUGGCUUCUAUCAUGCUGAACCACAAAAAGCACAAGUGAAGUGUAAUUUGCUUUAAUAAUGAUUGCUCAGCUCAUAGACAGCUGUGAUCAUGUCCCAGGCUGUAUGGUAAUUUCAACUGAAGACUCUUCAAAGUGAGCCCUAAUCCUGCAGCUGAACCUCAAGAGACAUCCACCCUCUUUAAAUACAAACAGUUUUUUUUGUUUUGUUUUUUUACAGUAAUGACUCACAACUGUACAGAAAAAAAAAAACUGGAUGGCAUGAUGCUUUUAACUUUCAAAUCUUUCUGGGUUUUUUUUUAAAUUUUAUUUUAUUUCUACUGUAAGUCUUGUACAUGAUUCUGAUCAACAGGACUCUGUCUGAUAUGCAUGGAGCAUAUAUCAAUGCCGGCAGGCAGCUGCAGGUUGCCUGCAUGAGCCUGGAGGCCAGAGUCUCACAGGAGGGCACCUCUUGUGAUGGAGGGAUGACUGCACUGGAGAGGCAGCUGAGGGAGAAGUUGAGAGAGGCCAUGAAGCUUCAGGGUUGCUGGGAUGCAGAGAAAGUGGAACUGAACUCACGGUAAACUCAUUUCUACACAGACUUAAGCCUGUUCAUCAAAAGGCUUGCUGCCCUCUAAAAACAAAUGAGAAGAAAUUUGGGUUGUCCUGUCAUGGAGCACCAGCUAAGCUCAUCGGUUAAUACUGAUUACCCCAUGUACAGAGCUAUUGACCCUCAAAGUAGGUGCUCUGAGUUUAAUUACAACUCCCGGCCAUUAGCUGCUUGUUAUCUUCCAUUGUACCUCUCAGUUCCCAGGACCAAAAAGUCCUUAAGGUACUAAAAUCUCUAAAAAUUGAUGACUGAUGUCCCACCCCUUUUUAAUUGGGUUGACUGGUGAUCAAGAAGUGACAUUAGCCAUGUUCACAUGUGCAAAAUUUCUUGAUCCAAUUAAAAAUUUGAGGGAUCGGAUAAUCUGAAUCCACUGUUUAUAUGGGUACAAAAUCAAAUAAUCUGAUCAGACAUGCGUAUACAUGCACCAAGCUUUAUUUAGAUUAAAAGCAUUUGGACAUGCGCAGAGUUGUCUGAUAUCCCUAAAACAACUGCAGAAGAAACAAACACGGUAAUGGCUCACUCCAUCAAAUUCAGUUUUACCCCUGUUAGAUGUUGUCACUAGAUGGCGCCCUUGCAUACUUAUUUUGCUGUUCUGUCAAAAGUUGCACUGUGCGUGCAGACGUGACAUCAUUAUGCUGUAUGUACGCUUUGUUAUGUUAUCGGAGGAGCAGACACGUCACCUGCGGUUGUGUUUUAUUCCAGAGUGUUAAAAUGAAACCUCCUGUACUGGCCUCAAUAAAUAAGCCAAAGGUUAAAAAGUGAAGAUCAAGUCAGGUAAGAGAGUCCCGAUCGGAAUGAGUACAUGGACAUAGAUGCGUUUCGGAAUGACGAUCGGCAUAAACCACCCCUCUUGAUCGGAAUAUAAUUUCUUUCUGAUUGAGCCAAAUUGGAUCCGAAUCUUCCGAUCGACAUAUUACGUGACGCAGUUUUAUUCUGAUCGGCAUUUAUUCGAUUAUUUGUGCCCAUGUAAACACAGCUAUAUACGAGGAUGUCAGUUUUCUAAAGGUUGAUUUCAACUUAGAACGCUCAGUGUGCAGCAACUCAAAUAAUGUCACCAAGGGUGUUCAUGCACUGACGAUGCUGAACGCUGCGUUUGGUUUAAAUCAAAAAUAGGGUCUUCCAGUACAAAAAGUGUCAUUUUUAGACAGAGCCCCUCAGUCCACUCAUACUUAUUACUGAUGGCUUCAAUAAGCCUUCUGCAUGUAGUGGAAAUAUGUAAAAGAACGAAUCAAAAAGCACCCUUCUUGCUGUUUUAUGGGGACUUAGAGUCGCUCAUUUUUCCAGGACACAGAAAAACUCUUAAUUUAUCUCCCAAAUGCCAAACUUACUUCGCGAUGAAUCAGACUGAAUGACCUAUAAUGACAGUUCUAUUUCGUAGAUUUCUUUAGCUGAUCCCAUUGCAGCACCAACCAGCCUCUAAACCUCAUCUUGGGACUGACAGCUAAAACCCCAGACUCAUGUUUUUUUUCUGCAGUCUGUGAACUAGUCUGACUGAACAAGACCAUUUGACAGAAAAAACAUGGAUAACUUUGUUUCUGAAUUUUUUUUAUCGGAGGUCAUCUUAAGUUCAGUCUUUUGAUCAAUUGCAAAACUUCACAAUCUCACCACAGUUGAAAGAGGGGACAAAUUCAAUCCUCUAACCAGAACCCCAGAACUUUGAUCAUUAAAUUCCUGCACAUCGAGCUGUUUUCAAUGACUACAGCAUCUGUCCUGAUAAAGAAGAAUCCAGGCUUUUGUACCAUGUCAUGUGGGUGUGACACUCAGAAGACUCCAGGAAUGUCAGUGCUUUUGUAAUCUAGGUCUGGGACAGCUUUUGAUGUUGUUGAAUGUCAUUGUUAAUCCUGUGAUUCUGUGCAGAGAAUAUGAUAGUGUUCAAGGCCUUGCAGAGGAGGAUUACAUGCCAGUCAUGUAUGUUCAUCUUUCUUUUUUUAUCCUUUAUCCAUUUACUUCUGCAUUGAUCUCUGCAGCGUCCAAGAGCUGACUGACACGAUAAAGCACCUCCGCAACCAGAACAGCGAGAAGGAUACCAGCCUGGGCACCAUGCAGAUCAGUCUGGACAGGAUGGUGGGACCUUGGGAAUCACGACUGGGGGUGGCAGAUAGACAUUAAGUUAAGGGGGUUAAAUUGGCUGUAGUCUGGACCUUAGGUUUGAUAAACACCACAACUUCCUUGUCUAAAGGGCUGGCGUCUGGGGAAUGUCGGGUCUGCUUUAUGUGUGUUUGUUAUCUGACCCAAAUGGUUUCCUGCUCAGGAGACAAGGAGAGCAGAGGAUAAAGCAGAGAUGGAGGUCCUCCACACAGAGAUCCAAGCCCUCCAAAAGGUUUUAUGCCACAUUCAGCAGGUCAGAGGAAUGACACACUUCAUCAUUAAGCUACAGCAUUAAAUUAACCCAUUUACCCAUCAUGUCUGCCAUAUCUAGGUGGUUGGUGGCGAGAGUGAAAGGAGUGGCUUUGAAAGUGUGACCUCCUCACCUCUUCAUGGCCGGUCUCCUCUGAGGAACACAACCCUGACAGUUGUGCAAAGCACUCUCUCCAAACACCAGAAACAAACACAGGUCAGCAAGAACAAAAAAAAAAAAAAGAAGAAGAUUUGGUUCUUAUUUACUUAUUAAAUUGUUUGGGAAUAUUUGCUCCAAAACUGAGGGUAGGAAGUUCCCAAGAGAGAGACUUUUCUUUCAUUUUUAGGCAAGGCAAGUUAGGCUAUCUUGAGGCCAAUUUUGAGAUACAAGUGAUGAAUUCCUCAAAAUAUACAUAAAGGAAAUUUUUAGAUGCCAUAUAAAAGUAGCACUGAGUAGUCACUAAGUUUUUGUAUUCAAAAAUUAAUUGCUCACCUUAAGAGUAACUUGUCUCUGAGUUAUUUUGCCAAGUGGUUCUCUGUAAGCAUGUCUCCAACAGCACACCUUACACUCAGAGUUUUUAGUCUCUCCUGGCUGACAGAUUGUGGAGCUGGCAGUAAUUUAAAAGCAAGCCUUGGCUGUUCAGAUGGUGUGUCUCUUCAUUGGUGUGUUGUACUAAUGUGAGCUGCACCUGGAUAAUCAGGGUUCACAAGCUCUCUGCAAUUAAUUUUGUUAAAAUUAGGUGCUCUUUGAGAUUAGGGUAACCAGUCUUGGCAGUGGAAAAAGUUUUCUGUCCUGCACAUAUGAUACGGUACAGUACGAUAAGAUACGGUACGAUACGAUACAAUACAAUACAAUACAAUACACUUUAUUGUCCCCUUAGGGAAAUUUGUCUUGGACUCCAAAAGCUGUACAGAUAAAGCUGCCAGUUGAUGACACAAAGUAUUAGACUUCAUGAAGACACAGUCACACAACCCACGUACACUAAUAAUGUCAAAUUUCUAAGGCAGAGAGGCCUGCUGAGCUGGUUGAUUAGUCUUAUGUCUUAGUCUUAUGUUUAACAGUUGUCAGCUAUUUUACUACAGUACCAAGUAAGGAGUCUGUAUAACUUCUGUGGUUUUAACAGUAUUAUUGAAUUUGAAAAGUAACUGGAUACACCACAAAAGAAGUGGAUUUGCAGUAAUGUGUUACUCAGUGUCUCUGUUUAAGGCAUAUUAAAAACAAAGUGACAGCAGAGUUACAUUUAAAAAUAAGGGCUGGGUACUAUCACUGAUUUUCUGAGUUACUUAACUUGUGAUUCACAAGGUCCAUAUUUGAUUCAAUUCAAUUUGAUUGGACUGACAGGGAUUGGCCAGAUCAUCAACAACGAGUCUCAUCAACACACAAGUCAGCUGUUGUUGUGAUGUUUUUGGACCUCAGGAGGAGUAGCUGCUGUAUUUGUUGCAGCUAAUCAGGAUCCAAAUAAAGGAAUCACAAAAAGUGGUGUUGUUUGAAUAACUCCAUAGAAUGAGCUGCUGAUGAAUACUGCUAAUGAAACAGACAUCUACUAUACAGAUGAGGAGAAGAGGAGAGGUGGAGUGGAUGUCUUUGUGUGAGAUAGCCUGUAUUAUUUUUUUUGAGCAUUUGGAGCACUGGAUGGUAACUUCAACACAAUACCUUCUUCAGUGGAGUUGGUUUCAGACAAUAUGUUUUGCAGUUUGCAUAUCUGGGUGAUACUUUGCCAGGUGGUUAGUGGUCUCACAAAUUUGUAGUAUUUCCACUAUAUAUGACAUCUAUAAUUCACCUCUCGCAUAUGGACUUGUUUUUUUCCAGUGCCUCUCUGUCUUUAAGGAUGUUGUUUUAAGGUUUGUUUUUUCCUUUAAUGGAGUAGCUCCUUCCGCCAUGUUUAUUUUGCAUUACCUGCUGCUCAUGUGGUCAGAUUUUGUUGUGCAAAGGCUGAUCUAGUGAAACAUGAGGCCAUCCUCAAGAAAGUGAUUAUAUUAGAAAGCAGGCCUCACAAUGUUCUAAAACAUAAAUUAAUGUCGGAGAGAAAACUGAUCUUCUUAAUCCAGCCCUAUUAAAAAUACAAUGAAGCUAUUGUUUGAAACAACGAUUCUAAAGACAUAAUAUUUAAACACUUAAUGAUAAACCCAAGUUUUCUUACCUGCCUCCCACAAACUGUGCACAACAGGACCUGCAUGAGCGUCUAGAUGCUGCACUCGAGCAAGUGAACACACUGCGUGAUCACCUGAAGGAGAGAGACUCUGAGAGGAGAGAGCUGGAGCUCAAGAUCCAGGAAGUAAGAAAGGAGAGUCAGGAGGCCAAGAAAGCUCUGGAGGAAAGCCUGAGGGACAGCAGCAGAUACUGCUGCUCUCUGGAGCUUGUUUCAAGGUACUCAGAAACUGCUGUCAUCCUGUUCCUUUUUUCAGUUUACACUUCUGUUAUGAUGGGUACAGCAUAUGAUAGCUGCUUGAUUUAUAUCUGGGUGUUUCUUUGAAGAAAGAUCAAAUUGAUAACAUGUUUAUGCAACCAAUAAUCUCACAUCGUCUUUUCCUCUGCCUCCUACCUCCAUGUCCCACAGUGAGAAGAGCAGCCUGGAGAAGCUGCUGUCAGGGCUGCAGCAGGAGGUGGACUCCCAGCGUGCCGAGUUGGAGGCCCUGCAAGCCUCUUCACUGGAGCUGCAGAGACAGAGGGACCUCCUGAGGGAGCAGAGGGAGGAUCUGGAGAUGCAGCUGGCACGACAGCGCACGGAGGCCCAGAGAGGGUACGACACAAGCAGAGGAAGAAUGACCAUUACACAACACACACCCCGUCACCCAUGAUUGUUUUCAAGUUUCAUUUUGUUUACAGUUCAGAUCAGUAACACAUGUCAUUCUCUGUUCGGCAGUGCAGUCAGAUGACAUCUGAAUGAAGAUGUAAAUGAUUUACAUUGCUUUACUGCACUCAUGCAAGAAGGAGACUUUGUUCUGCACUUUGAGGGUUUCUUCUCUUCAAAAAAAUUUGAUUAGCAAUGAUUUGGAGCAUGACAUGCGAUACAGCACAAAAGCAUCUCCCUCAGUGUUCUGGCCUUUGGCACCAACAUUUCUUCAUCUUUUAAAGUGGAGAAGGAUUAUUGUGGAGAGAUUUUGUUUAUAAAUAAUCUGUGUAAAACAAAUAACAGUGUUGGAGCGUCAUGUAUUUACAGCAUUUUGUGUUUCAGAGAGAGGAGUCUGGAGGAGCUUGAGGGGAAGCACUCAGAUUUACGUCGAGAGCUUGUGAUGGUGAAGGAGGCUCUGAGUCAAAUGAACCUGCAGAAAGAGGUGUUGGAGGAUGAUAAGGCUAGUCUUGCUCGGGCUCUCAGCAAGGUACUGGAUCUGUGAGAGUUUAAUGAAAGACGGAGUUUAUGGCUUGGUAUGUAGCUAGGUUUUGUGUAAAAAAGAAAACAAACAAUAUUAAGUCCAUUAUUGCUAUUAAUCAGUUAAUGCGCCAAAAUACUGGCUGACCUGUUGAGAACAUUUAUGGCUUGUGCAAUUUUUAAAAGAAUGCACAGAGGACUGUUCGAAAUACAAACAUCUGCACACAUCGUCCAAACACUUCCAGUAAAUCCUGACUAACCAGCUUCUCCAGAUGCUUCAUUUACCGACUGUUAUCAGACCGGCACUGAAAAUUAUGAUGGACCCACCCCACAUCUUACAUCAAGAUUUUCCAGCCCAAGGUUUAGGUUCCCAAUUGCUAUGAACACUCCUGCCAAUGUUCAUGAAGCUUCUCAGUGUUAGCAAUUACCAUAAGGGUAGCAAAAAUGUAAGACAUUGACGGUAUAACUUGUUUGAACCUCUGAGAAAUUAAGGUUUAAACUUGUAAUUCUUGUGUUGCACUUGACAGAUGGAGUCCCAGAGUGCUGCACAGGAGUCAGCCCUCACCAAACUGCAGAAUCAGGAGGCCACUCUCAAGGAUUCACUGGCCAAAAUGGCUGCCCUGAGCGAAGGCUUAGCCAAUGACAAGGUGGAGCUGAAUCGUAUUUUGCUGAAGGUAAGCAGCCGUUCAUUUGCCCAGUCACACUUUUAAAAGCCAGAGUGGAGUAGAACAAAACUGAUAUAUUUUUGUCUUGCUUACAGACUGAAGGUGAGAAGGCACAGCUUAGUGAGCGUAGACGGGAAGCUGAGGUAGAACGGGCAGCAGCCAGGGAGGAGACAGCACGGCUCCAGCAAGAAAUGAUGGAUCUGCUUACAGAGAAACAAGCUUUGGAGAGCUCCCACAGCCAUUUGCAGGAUCUGUGCCAGAAGCUCGAAUCAGAGCUGAGCCUGCUGCAGAGAGAGAACGCGCAGACUUUGGAGCAACACUCCCAGGUCAGGGGCCCCAGGCCGUUUACACACUUUAGCCUCCACCCCACCAUAUCUCACCACCUGGGAGAGCCAUGUUGAUGUUAUUAAUAGCUUUCAGCAGGUCCACGGUGCUCAUUGUCACAUUAAAAUGUAUUGGAGGCACUGGACACAUCUGCCAUGGUUUCCUCUCUCUAAUGGGAUAUGAAGUCAGUUUGAGCCCCACUCUUUGUUUUAUGAGUAACUUGGGAGAUAACAAACAGGGGAUCGUCAUGAACAAAUGUGGACUGGAGAAGAUAAAUAGAUAGAUACAUAAUAUCCAGUGGGGAUUAACAGAGAACCAAUAAAUUAACACCUAAAGUAUUCCCCCUCCUACCUCAGCAGAUCCCUGCUUCCCCAAAGAAUGAGAAGAGCCCCCUCUGUUUAGUUAUCCGUUCUGAGCUGGGAUAUCCAUUCUGAUCUCAGCUAAAAUAAAACCAACCUAAACAGUUUGACAAAUUCCAUCCAAACAUUUUGAGACAGCUUAUCUGUGAAAAUAAAUUACUGUGUUUAAAACAAGCCGUGAGCUGGCCAUCUGUGGCACCAGGCUAAUGUUUUAACCCCCUUAUUGGGCGCCACUCACAUUCGUAACAUUGAUGUUAUUCAUCCAUGCUUAUAUUUACCUGAGGUGAGGCCAAAAGGCAUCAUGUGCUAAUAUUUAGUUUGUGUGAGCUCAUUUUGCUUUGGUUUAAAAUCAAAUCACAAUGAUUGUUGCUUUUCAAACAAUCUGUUGCAGUGAAAUAUUAGAAGUUGCAGAGGCCCAUCUGAACCUUUGUGUUGUGGUUUGUGGUUUGCUUUCUUGAAGGCAGAGUGAAACAUGAAAAAACUACUGACAUAUUACAGCUCAAAGUAAAUGAAUAUUUCUGUUACAGAACAGAGCUCCAUUGUUUGAUUUUAAUUACGACACCAUUUCAAGAGACUUGAGGAUGCUGUGUAAAACGUUGAUAAAAACAGAUUGAUCAACUUUUUCCUGUUUCCUUUGUUGUAUUUUUCAUUUCAUGAUGAACAAGAUGUUUUCAAUAGACGACAAGUCAAAAGGGCUAGUUUAGCACCUAGCUGUUCUUGCAAAAGCUCUGAAAAAGGUGUUGUCUGGAUUGCAGCGUAUAUUGCUCCAAAACAUGAACAUAUCAUCCAGCAUUAAUGGUUCCUUUUCGUGUGUAAGCUACUCAUGCCAGUGGGACCUAUACACCCCUAUACCUUGGUGGAUCCUGGAUUUUGAGAGGUGUGCCACUAACAAACUAGCUGGUCCCCCUUCCCUUUGAAGCAGAGGCACCCAACACUUCCAAAAAGAAUGUCAAAUUUUCAUAUUGAUUUUAGUUCCUUAUACUAUUGACCUCUCAGUUUAAUUACACUUUUAUUAAACUCUGUGUUGGUGUCUCUGGUUCAGCUUUAAAAUGAUUUUAUUCUUAUUGAAUUUAAUAUCCUUUAGUGUUGCUAUUGGAAGCUCACAGGAAUCCAGAGUUAAUUUGUCUUGUCUCAGGGGUCAGUUCUGGGACCUACUCCUGUUUUCAAUUUAUAUGUUGCCCCAGGAACAUGUCAUCGGCAUAGACAUAACACUGAUUUUCAUUUCUAUGCCAAUGACACCCAUCUUUACCCAUGUUUAAAGCUGUGACAACCUGGAUUUUACACAGAAGAACACUGGUCUGAAAGUGUUGAAAUAUUUGUUCAUGCAGUCUUUAAGAGAGUGAUGAAUCUCUUCCUUUCUCUACUUCUUAGAGACUUGGCUGCUCUGGAAUGAUUUUUUACAUCCAGUCAUGUUACUUAUAUGUUGCAAAUUUGUUGGGGGAUGUUCCUCCAAGACUUUUUUUUAACAUAAAACAACUUUUUUUGAGAGUUGAUGUACUUUUCUUAGGUUUAAUUUAAGUGUAUUGCUGGUGUCAAUUUGAUUUUCAAAUUUUUUUCAAUGCUAGCUAGCUAGUUUCAAUUAACUAGAGACUUUUAAAUGAUUAGGAAUUAUCAACACACACACACACACACACACACACACACACACACACACACACACACACACACAUUUGUGUAAAUAUAUAUAUAUACAGUAUAUAUAUAUAUAUAUAUAUAUAUAUAUAUAUAUACUAAUUUGUAUAUACUAAUUUGUAUAUACUAGUUUGUCCGGCUGUGCUACUGUAGAAGCCCGGCAGAGAAAGAUAAUAGCCUGUGUGAAGGGGACCCGCUCCAAUAAAGGCUCAUUUUAAGUUAACAAAAAUAAUAUGAUUAUACAUUAAUUCAAACAUACCUAAGAAUACUUUACUACAUUUCUAACAAGACUGCUUUGCAAAUGCUGCUAAAUACUAGCAAGAGUUCUACAAGCCCAUCUUGCCACUGGCUUAUAUGAGUGAUCCUGAAACCUGUUGAUUGUCAGUGUCCCAGGUUAUGUUGCUUACCUUUACAACCACUUUCAUAUGAAAAUAUUUUUAAUGUGUAAAUCAUUUGCUAAAAUUUUUGACAAAUAAAAGAUGAAAAAUUGUCCUAUAGUCCUCUGUACAUGAAAUAACCUGCUUUUUAAGUUUUGAUUUUAAAUGAAUUUUCAGCCGGCUCUGCAUCAACUACAAUGUGACUUAGACAUACAGUAUAACCCAGCUAAUCGCUUAAGUUUGUGCUCCAGGUGAUUUAUUUGUUAAGAUGCUGAGGUUCAUGUACAGUUUAUAAGGCUCACUUUAUUUUGUUUUUGUUUGAAAGACGCUGGUUCUGCAGAAUUCAGUGUCAAGGAAGCAAGUAUAACUGCAUAAAAAUGUUGGGUGGAGCCUUCAACACAACCCUUUAUGCCCUUUUAUCAUGUGUUUCUUAAGCAAAUAGUUUAAAUCAGUUUCUCCGUGUCUUUUUCUGCUUGUCGCUGCGUUGGUCACCAGGUCAAUAAGCAGAUGCAGAGUGUGUCAGAGGAGCUGUGUGCGUGCAGGAAGGAGCUGGAGACACAGACCACAGCCCUAAAGAGAGCUACCCAUGACAGGGAGGAGCUGGCCAAGGACAGGGCUGCUCUGGAUGUCAAGUUAAACUCUGCUGACCGAAAGGCCUGUGGACUCACGCAAGAGCUGGUUGCACUUAGGUCUGAGUGUGUUUACGUAUUUGUUUGUGUGGUUUUUUUGGGGUCUGACCUUUUCAAAUAUUUUGGACCACUUUUAGAUUUAAAGCCAGUUUUUAUGGUUUGUUUUCGUUGUGAUUUACAGUGAAUCGUAUCCGUCUUCAUUGGUUAAAGGUCAAAGUUGGGGUUUGGUGUGUAUCUGUUAUAGUUAUGGUUAAGUUUCGAGUGUAGGUGAUUUAUGUUAGCCAGUAGAGUGUCCCUAAAAGCCCCAUAAACAACCUACUGAGUGUGUCUCUGUGUUUUUCACAGUCAGACCUACUGCCAAGGUGUACUUAAGGCUGUUGUGACUUUCCAAGCAAAUUUUACUUUCUAAAGCACAGCUAGUCACAUGUAACAAGAGUCUUUAAGUGACAUGGUUUUAUUUGGAAAAUACUCAUGAUGCAUCGUUGGAUUUUAUGAUCUUCUACACCUAGCGGUUCAAAGGUCCUUUUUCAGCGCUAAAACCCCUUCACCACUGUGUUCCAGAGCAGAGAAGGAGUCCCUGGAGACAGUGCUGUUUGAAAGCCAGGAGCUGGCCUCGUCUCUGGAGGCCGAGUGCAGCAGGAUGGAGGGGGAGAGGCGCAGCUUGCUCCUGGCUAACGAGGCCUUGACGCGUGAGUGGCCCCCUCCUUUAGAGACCCCUCUGUCCUCCAUGCCAAGCCCCCUAACCAUGAAGUCUUUCCAACAGCCCACUUGAGAUCCAUAUUUCAGCUGUGAGCUCUACAACAGCUGAGCUGCAGAAUCACCGGAGCUGCUUUUUCAGCUGACCAGGGUCCCAACACUCUGCAAAAACACACAUGGAUCGAAUAAGUGGUGUUAAGCUAGCUUGUCCACAUAAAAAAAACUUGGUUGAAUAGACCCCGUAAAUUAAACUCAAAAUAGAUCCCUGAGCUUCUCCAUCUAAUAGAGGGGUGGGAUUGUGUUAAAUCUGUUUAGGAGAAGGUGCUCGGGUGCGUGCGGAUUCUGAGCGUCAGGUGGUACAAGCAGCACAAGAGCGGAGUAAGUUGGAGGAGAAACUGGCCCAGGUGGAGAGGAAUGCCUUGCUGACCCUCAACAACAGAGAGCAAAUUCACAAAGAGCAGCUCAAAGCAGAACAUCAAAAAAGGGUAACUUUCACUGGAGCACUGGCCAAAAGUUUUAAUCUGACUUCUUCAGUCUAUGAACAAGUCUAGAGAUUGUGUUUUUGAUGGUUGACAGGAGCAGCAGCAUGCAGAGCUGACACUUCAGCAUGAGCAGGCUGAGGAGCAGCUGCGAAGACAGUGCAAGGAACUGCGUGUGUGCUGCCAGAAGGAGCUGCAGCAGGUGCAGGAGGAGCAGGCCAGGCUGCAGCAGGACUUCAACCAAAGCCUCCUGCAGGCUGAGAAUGAGAAGCAGCAGGUGGGUGAAGUGGUUUUCAUUAAUUUGUCUUUGAUUAUUUCUGCUCUUUAAAAUGUUGGUGCAUUUGAAAGAAAGCUACAAGAUCCCAAGACCUUGGUUCAGUUUCAAAAACAUGCCUGGCAUAUCCGUGUGUUGUGACCAGGCUUUGACCAAAAAGGAAGCAGAGAAGGCCAUCCUGACUGAGAAGCUAACAGCUCUACAGCAGGAUCUGGCCACAGCAAGCAUGGAGCAUGAGCGGACACAGCGGAGGGCAGUUAGCAGACAGGAACAGGAUAAGGUAUAAAUCACCUGUGGCUUUGGUUACUUUUCCUAAUUUCUACAUCUUUCACUUGAGUAAACUUUAUGUACCUCUGUAUUCCAGGACACCAUGGUUGCCCUUCAGUCUGAGAUCCAAAGCUUGAGGAACCAAUUUGAGGAGUCUUUGAACUCCCAUGAAAGCACCAAAAAGAGUCUAAGUGAGCAGGUCAGAGAGUUACACCAACAGAGAGAACAUUCACAGCAGGAGGUGAGAGACCUUUAAAGCACUAAAGCAACUUUUUACCAGUGUUCAUCAUAAACAGUAUGUUUGUCCCUCUAAGGCACUGGUGGAAGCAGAGAAACACAAACAUUUUUAUAAUUGUUAGCCAAUAAUGUUGUUCAAAUGCUGUGCAUAAGUUGUGAAGCAGAUGCUGGUUGGGGCAGCAUGGCUCCUGCUAUAUUGCUGGAACUCCCCAAUAUGGAUACCAGGACAGAUGACAAAGAUGGCAUCUGUGAUUAGUUUUCAUUUUGAUCCAGAUAACGUGGACGUAUGGACACCCUCACCACAGAAGUGGUGUUAUGCUGUGUUUAAUAAAUGAUGCUUUAUUUUUACUAUUCUGUGAGUGUUCCCUCAUUGGCUAGUCUGAAUGAAUAUCAGUUUGAGCAAGUAAUGGCCAAGUUACUUAGAAUUAGCACUAGUUACUCACAUACAAGUAUGUUUUGACUUACAAAAGUAAUUGUAGCGCCACUUCUUUUUGCCCCUCUUUUGGUCUCAGCAGUAUUUAGUUAAUUUGUCCUCUAAAAGCAGCAGAUUCAGUUGUUGAUAUGGAAAGCUAUAUCCGAGCCAUCGACAUUUGCAACAACAGGCUCUUUGGUAACAAGUUUAGUUUAAGCGUGUUGUUUUUCUAGGUGUUGGUGUUGGACAGAGUGUCCUUCCUGCACACAGACUGCAUCUCACUUUAUUCUUGGCUUUUACCUUGAGAGCAGAAAAAAUGAUGUUGGUAUUUCACAGAAAUCUCACACUUGAAUGUUCAGUGUCUGUAAGUGUUUACUGCACCACUGUGCUCACAAAAGCAUAACCUCCUUACUAAGCUAAAUGGUUAAUAGUUAUUGGCUAUAAUUUCAAUACUGUUUGAAGAGUAACUAAAUACACCACUAGUUACCGCAAAUAGUAUUAGAAUUACUGUAACAUGUUUAAUGGUAAGCUGUUACUUACAACACUGUAAACAACCCUGAACUUGUUAUUUUUGAUUCCCCAUCCUCACUCUAGUUAAACUAUUGUUGUGUUUUUAAAGCCUGUGAAUCAUGGUCUCAGCUUUGUACACAAACUGGCAUUCUUGAUGUUCCCUGAUCCUUCUUUGUAGGUAUUUUUAAGUAUUUUAAUAUGAAUACCUGCAUCAAAAUUCCUUGCCUGUUGGUGCAAUGGUAGCUCAUAUAAAACUGAUAUAACAUUUGAAGGUUGGGGUGUUAAUUACCGCAAAUAAAGAAUAAUUAUGAAAUCCUUAUGGUGCAAGUCACCUGAGGUGGUUAAGGCGGUAGAACCACAGAAAUGGAUAGGAAAUUACAGGCUUGUUUGGACUGGCAUUGGAUGGGAGAGCAGGGAUAUGACUGGAGAGUGAGGGGGAGUUUGCACUAAUUAGUACCAGUGUGAGGGAGAGCCAUUUACCACCGGCCUCUGUUGAUAUUGGCUGAUGCCACAGAGCUUAACUAGCAUCAGUGUGCCAUCAGGUGUGCGGAGCCAAAUCCUACAAGGAGAACUGGUGUCCACUCUGAAGGUUCGUGCUCAACACUCACUCUCUGAGGCUUUAGUCUGUCAAGUUCACUCGAGGAAAAUUUAGUUCCACUGACCUUAAUAAAAACAUAAAAGUGCAAUUAGAGACUAUAAUUUCUGGCCAGUGACAAACCUCCGCGAGCCAAACGAGAGCCGUAAAUCUCAUCUCUUGGGGUUGCUUGAGGUCAGAAUUCCAGGCACAGGGUCGCUGGGCGUUUCAGUGAAACAACAAGCUCACAGUCACCUCAUUAAGAUGUAACUGCAGAGUAGUAUGGGCCUCACCGUGCCUUGAUUUAAAAGCUUGGCUUCCAUGGAAAGAGGGAUUGUUUAUCUGCGUGGGACUCAUUGGUUUCCAUAAAAAAGCAGAAAUGAGGAUCAUCCUGUCUCCCUCUGUCUCCUUAGUCUUGUCAGAGUAUAGUGAAUGAGGUUGUGUGGAGCCAGCGCAGAGGACUUUUGAGGUUUUGAGAGCCCUCCCUAUCAUAUAUCAAGUCAAGCUUCAACGGCACUGUCAUAUUUGGCUGCUACCCCUGCUCGUUUCCUUGUUUGAUUAUUUUUUUACUUAUCCCAUCCCAGGAUUCUCAUGUCAGCCUGUGACAAAGGAGGAGUGAGAGUGUGUGACAGAGAGCUAGAGAGCAUUAAAGAGGAGGAAAGCAAGAGAGAAAGAGCACGAAGGAAAGGGGGGUGGAUACGGUCCCUGAUGCCAUAAUAUGAAAUCAAAGUUUGAGUUAACCCUUUGUGUAAAUAAGCCAGUGGGGGAGUGUUUAUUUUCUCCCUUGCAGCAGCGAAAGGCUGGCUCCACUGGGACUCCAGGUCCCCGUCUCCCAUCCAUAUAAUGCAACACUGCUGCCCUCAUAUUCUCAGCCCUUCUCUUCCAACACCCCCCUAAAAAAUCAGAUAAAAUAAAGUAUAAUUGGCCAGAUCAGCACUGGCUUGUUUUUUCUCACAUUAGAGUUUAUGAGAAAGAACCAUCUUGUGUGGCCUUUGAGCAUAACACUCCUCCUCAUCCUGCUCCUCAUCCUCCCCUCUCCAGCCCUCCUUCCUUGAUACCUCCUGGGGGGGCAGGAGCUGUUGUUUAUCAAGUUGCUCUCUGUGGAUUCUUUACACUUUUGAGCCGCAGUAAGGAGACAGGGAGAGACAGCACCUGGCUUUAUGCCCAACUGGCUCUCAUCCAUGCCCAGAUAAGCUCUGUCCUCCCUGCUUCUCCUGUUUUACACAACACGUUACCAUAAAACUGAAUAUAGGUCAUACAGUAUCUCAAGAAUGUACAUGUAGCACCAAACAUAGGAGGAGCUGAGGUUUACCUUUCAAACAGUGAUGCUAAAAUCUGUACGAUCCUAAAUCAGCUUUACAGUUUACUGAGGGAUUUUUCUAAUUUUACCCUUUUAUACAAAGCAUGAGAUUUCAGCUUUUGAUGUCCUGUAGAUAUCAAACAAAUAUAAAGAAAUUAUAAAUAAAUGUGUGUGUGUGUGUGCGCGCGCAUGUGUGUGCGCGUGUGUGUGUGUGUGCGUGUGUGUGAAGCUCCCUCUGUGUGUUUACCUGUUAUGCUUCCUCAGCUUUGUCUUGCAGUGUUAUAUAACACAUGGAGACAGCAAUAUGGGAUCAGCAUAAAACUAAAAGUCAUGAUGACAGUUGUGGGCUGGAAAUGUGAAAAGAGCAAAAGUUCAGCUUUUACUGGGCCUUUGUUCUCAUACACUGAACUCAGCAGAAGCAUAAUAUUGGUGACAGUGUGUGUCCCACUUACUGACUUUGUAUUAAAUGAAUUAAGGGCCUUCAGCCUUUUGACUUUACAUUGUGGGAUGUUAAGUCAAAAGAUCACCUCCAUGGGUUUUGACAUGAUUAAAUGAUGCAGCCAAACAAAAUACUGUGUCUCAGUAGUGCAAGGAACAGUACACAUAAAAGAAAAGACAUACACAGUUACUGGACUAAUUUAAGAACAAGGCUAAAACGCAUACUUGAUAAAAACACCAGAACUUAAAGUAAAAAAAAACCUUAGCAACUACUCAAGGAUCUAACAGUUUAUGAGAUUACUAUUCAGUCACUUCAGUUACUUCACACAUAACUUAACAUGAACCAUGCUGGCUGUUUCUAAAAUAUGGGUGACAAAUUUAGUGACAUAACUUUAAUCUGUCUUAUUAUCAUAAACAUGUUUGAUUCUGAAAACCAGUUUGAUACAUAAAUGUGUUUCGGAGGUUUUGCAUAACUUUCAGGCUGGACAAAGACAGUGAGAUCAGCUUUACAAGGUAUUGAUGGAAUAAGGAACUUUAAACAGAAAACCAAUGAUGCACCCUUAUUUCAUCUAUUUCAUCACUGCGACUAAUGCUAUAGUUUGGUUUUACUUUAGUAUGUUAUUUUUUAUCCUUUUGUGAAGUGUAACCUCUCAUCUGUUAAGCUCUUAAAAAGAUGUGUACUGUGUAUGAAUUUAAAAAAACACUGCCUAUUUAUCAUCAUUUUAUUUUGUGCAUCUCUAUUCCUGCAAUCUGGACAUGAAGUUAGAGGGCCUUCAAAAGCAGCAGCAGGAGGCUGAGGAUGGACUCAUUAAAGUGAAAGCUGAGCUGAUUGAAGCCCACAGAGAGCUCCAGGAGUGUGCACAGCAGCGGGACAAGCAACGGAAAGAAGCCCUGGACCUGAGAAGGCUCUUGGGAGACGAAAGCAGAGAGAAAGAAGCCAUCCAAUCCUCAAACCAGGAGCUGAGGGCUUUCAUCAAGAGAGCAGAGAGUGACAACAGCAGGUACAGCUGUCAAAAUGAUCUGGAGAUUCUCUGUUGUAAUUGUCAAGUGUUUUUUGUUUUUUUUCAUUAAAUCUUUAAAUAUGUCUUUACCAGUUUAAGACGAAGUGUUGAGGAAAAAGAGCAAAAGCUAGUUGUAUUAGAGGACUGCAAAACCUCAAUGCAACAGGAAUCAACCACUCUACGUAGCAAUAUGAGAGACCUGGAGAAGUCCCGUCUGCAGGCCCGCAGAGAACUGCAGGAGCUGCGCAGACAGGUAAAAAGAUCACUGUGCUUCCUGCUGUCCAGCUGAUUUAUUUCAAAUAAAGGAUUAUCUUCGAGUAGUAUGUGUGUGUUGUUGUGUUAAAAUGAGCAGGUUAAGAUCCUGGAAGGAGAGAACAGUCGGCAGAAACAGGAGCUGCGAGAGCUGCAAGCCCGGGUGUGUCAGGAGGAGCAGAUGGAGGAGGAGGUAGAAGGCCUCUGGGAAACAGUCUGUUAACAACAUGCUAGAGCAAACAUUCCACCUUUGUGUACAUACUUGGAGAAUACCUGCCAUACCCAUGCAGAGACUGAAAGGAUAAACCACAACAAGCUGCAUGCUUCUAGGGGUGCUCUAUAUUAUCUGCAUAACACCAGCAUUAGCCAAUAAAAGCUUAAAGGUUAAAUAUCAGUAUCAGCAGAUAUGCACAUUUCCAUCAAUGUGGAUAAAUUACAUCCACGUGAUGACACCUUCCACGCUCCAACAACAAGCUUCAACAUGGUGGCUGUGUGGAAGUAUUUUGGCAUUUUGUAAACAGAAAAAAUAGCUGUUUGCAGUAAUUGUGAGGCACGGGCAGUGUUGUAUGAAGUACUAAACAAAUAUACUUGAGCUGAAGUAUAGUUACCUUACCAGAAAAUGACUGAAGUCAAAGUGAAAAUCUCCCAUGAGAAUUCUACUCGAGUCAAAGUCUCAAAGUAUAUCACAUUCUCUCUACUAAAAUAUCAAAAGUACUCAAGUAAAUGUACUCCAAGUAAAAGUCUGAGUCAAAGUACAAUAAAUAUAUUUUUAUUUUUUUGCAAAAGUCACCUAUGCCCAAAUAAGCACACAUUUCAGGUGGGUGCAAGCAACAGCUCAGAAGAAUAAAUGGACACACACACAGAGGGGCACACACACACCACCACCACCACCACCAAUCAGGAGAAACAAGAGUGCGUCCUCCAAUAGUCAAAGAACUUCGGACAGAAGUUGGGCAUGACGAGAACCACCAAACAGACACUGGACAUUUAAGACUUUCUAAAAACAGGAAAAAUGACAAGGCACCACUGAAAACCUGUCAACAACCUCUCUUACAGUCAUUGAACGAAUUGAAAAAAUGAAUCUGUGGCUAUCUUGCUAAAUUUCAACAACAAUAUGCUUCAAGUCUGCUUCAUGUAUCAGUAUUUAAACUAGAACAGAAAUGAUAAGUCAUGCAUUCUUGUCGUCCCGGUUGGUCCACUCUAAUUCACUUUUCACUUGUUUUAGAAAAACAUCCCUAAAUGGACUCAAGUCAGUACAAAAUGCUGCAGCCAGACUCCUAAUAAAAUCCUCCCAAAGAUCUCAUAAAAUAGCAUUUCUAUCCUCGCUACACUUUCCUCUCAUAAACUCAGAAUCCAGUUCAAGAUUCUUGUUAGCACUUCCAAAGCCCUGCGUGGACAGGCACCUGCCGUUAUCAAAGAGCUUUAACAACCCUACAAUCCCAGCUGGACUCAGAGGUCUUGUGAUCAGGGUUAGCUGGUGGUUCCACACUCCAGGCUUGAGACUAAAGGAGACGGUGCAUUCACUGUUGUGGCUCCAACACUUUGCUUUGAGAUCAGUGGACACAGUUUUUUUUUUAAAAACAGAGCUUAAACCUACUUCUAUAAACUUUCAGAUACUAUACCUGUUGUGUAUUGAUGUUUGCCUUGCCUGUGCUUUGUUGCCCAUGAUAGUGAUGUUUUUAUUGCUUUUAUUUUUCAUUUUCAUUUUGUUUUGUUGUGUCAGUCUUACCAGCUCUCUCUUUAUAGUGUCUCGCACAACAAACAGCCAGGAAGCCCAGCAUCACAUUUCCAAGAAUGAUUGUUCUGAUGGAUUUUGUUUCUUGUAAUCUCCUAUGGUGCUGCUCAAAACUUAUUUUCUGAAACCUUAUCAGAGGUUUUUUUUUGUUGUCAACCAUGAGUUAAACCAACAGAGUAAAAUCAUGUCCUCAUUAUUUAUGAUUCAUGGCUUUUGCAAGAUAUUUCCCAAUGCAAUGCAUGGUGGUCUUUUUGUUACUCCUUACUACAACAGCUAGAACAAUGUUCAGCCUGUUGAAUAUGGUUUGUAAAAAAAGGUUUGUUUUUUUGUCUCUGCAUAGGUUGCAGGUCUGCAGCACCGUGUGGUCGAACUGGAGACACUGAAGCAACAGAACUGGGAUCUGCUGCAGGAAAGAGAAGCUUAUCAGCAGCAGUGUGAGCAGAGGCACCAAGAAACCACUGCUCAGCUGGAGGAAACACUGAAAAACGCCCAGGUCCAGGUAAAGGAACUCUCUGUUCAGGUCGGUCUCUCUGAAAGAAAAGUCCAAAACCUUGAAGAACAGCUCAGCCUGGGUGACGCCAAACGCAGGGAGUUGGAGCUGAAGUUGUCCAGGUUGUACUCAACUUUGCGUCAAUAUACAAGUCUCUCAGGUACACCUGCUUCCCAUAAGAGGUCUGCCUCUCCUUGGAGAAGCCUCCUGCAGUCAAAAGGUACGCUCGUGCAUUUUCAUAAACAUGUGUCAGAAUGCCAUUGUUUGCUGAAAGCACAUACAUAAUUAAAAGUGCUCUCUUGUUGGGUAACGUUCUGCAGCAGACAGAUGCGUGGCGUCUUCACCACAUGAUGAAGAUGAAGUGAUGGACUUGAAGUCAGUGCAUGUAGCUCUACGGGAAUUUCAGCAAGAACUCCGGGACACACAGAGAGAAAGGGUACGAAUCACUAAAGUCUCUUUGCUAAAAAAAUCAGGAAAAGCUAAAAAGAUAUUUGAUGGCUAGUGUUAUGGCUAAGACCCUAUAUGUACUGUUGAUGAAGUUAGGUGCUGUUCUGAGCAUUAUUUGUGGCUAUAGAGUGGCUUUUUGGUUUAGGUUUAUUUAUGGCUCCUCAGACCACUGUGAAUUGCUAUCGUGCAGUCGUUGCUGAAGUUGGUAUAACUAGAGAAGCAAGCAGUCAGCAACAUUCAUCUCUUGAGGGGGUGUCUAACUUGAUGUUACGGUGUAUUUGACUAUAACUUAAAUUUACAUCCCGUUAUAUUGAUAUCACUUUAAUGCCUUUAAAUUUGACCAGAGAGGAGGUGGGAAGAUGUGGAUAACAUGAAAUGUGAAUGUUUGUGGUGAUUUUAUUGCAAAAUAUUCGUCAUUGUCAUCAUGAAGUUUAAAGGUUUUCAUCAGGAGUCUUUAGGGAAGGGGUCUUCUUGACUCUUUCUGAAGUGAGAUCUAUUCUUACAUGCAUUACAAAUUACAACAAAGAUAAAAUAAAGAUUCAUCUUAAUUUUCAUGAACUAUCAUUUAUCAAAUCAAAGAUUAUGAGAAAGUCUUGUUCCAGUCAUUCACUUGCUAUAACUUUUUUAUGACCAGCUUGUGAAAUCAAGCUCAGAGCUAAUAGUUGACCUGAUUCAGUCCGACAGCCUUAAAUACUUCCUGGUGUUUAUUUGUAAUCAGACGUUUUUGGCAACUUUUGAACUCAUAAACAUGUCUUUCUCCUUCAGGAUGAAGCCAAGGCUCAGAUAGUUUGUCUAAGUCAGCAGGUGACCGAGAUGCAAGCCAGCCAAGACUUAUCAGCCAACCAGCUGCUUCAGCUACAGAAGUCCUUAAAACAGACAGAGCAGGGUGAGAAAUAAAACUACUGAUCCUGCAAACACUUCAUUCUGUGAAUUGAUAAAACAUAUUAACCAUAUGAUUUCAGGAAAAAGAGAGAUGGCACAACAGCUGCAUGACACACAGGCGUCCCUGUCCAUUCAUGAAGAAGCAGCAUGUUGCACAAAGGAGGAAAAGAGGAAAGUUGAGGAGAAGGUCAAACAAUUGAAGAUCAGUCUGCAGUCUGCUGAGGCUGAGUCCAGAGUACUGCAGGUUCGUAAAGGACUAUAGGGUAGGUUGGAAUUACAACAACAUCUUUUGUGACAACUUUUCCACUAAUUCCUCCACAGGAUAAGUUGGAGCUCCUGCAGGCCUCAGAAACUCGUGCAAAAGAAGACCGAUUGAAGCUAAAGGAGUCUCUGGAAGCAGCAGAAAGCAGGGCAAGCAAUCUAGAGCUUUCAAACCGCAGUCUUGAAGGUGAGCAACAAAGGGCCAGGCUCAGGGCUGCAGAGCUGGAUGCAGAGGCUGAGGUGCUGCAGGACAGACUGACAGAGCUGAGGAGGAAGCUAGGUGAGAGUGAGGACCAGUGUGCAGGGCUGAGGGCCAGCGAGGAGAAGCUGGCCACGUCACUGAUCCGAGCCGAGCAGCAGGAGAGCCAGCUGAGAGAACAGAUCCACAAGCUGACAAACACCCUCAGUGACAGCAGAAGCAGCAGUGGAGCCCAACAGGAACAGAUCACACAACUGCAGAGGGCUCUGACUGCCAGCGAGCAGGACAGAAGGAUGCUACAGGUACAGAGUAACGUCUGAUCCACUUUUCUGUAAAGACAUAUGUGGUCAGUUAUUGUUAAACUUUCCCACUUUGAAAAUAAAGAAGUUUGAUUAAAACUUCAAAAUGACUUGAACAGCCACACUUUGAGUGUGUGUGCUAUGAUUUACCGUGCAGCGAGUACCGUUCACAGCUCCAGACUGAGCGUUUUCUAUUUACAUUUGCUGCUGUGGUUUUCCUGAAGGACCUCAAAGACUGAGCAAUAAAAUUCUCAGGCAAGCUCAUUAAUUCUCCAAGAGCUACUCCGGAGAGCUUUCCGGGCUUAGUUUGGGACUGCACUUAAAAGAUACUGAGCAAACAAAAACAUAACGUGCUUGGUAUAAAUCUCUUGAUUUUCUAAAACGCUGGCCGGUCAUUGCUGUAAAAUAAGUGAGAGAAAAAUCACAACUCUUGCCUGCACCUUUCAACGGUGUGUCAAGAACUGUGGAAGAGUCAAGAUAUAACGGAGGGGGAAAAGUGUAAGGUCGUAUGAAGGACAAAACUAUAUUUUGACACAGCUGAGAUGUUAACUGUAUAGAGUAUAUCAACAUAUAUGUGCCCACAGGAUCGUCUGGAUAAAACGCGAGACGCCCUUUCAGAGAGUAAGAGGCUGAGUCACAAACUUACAGAGCAGAGCCAGAACCUCCAAAGAGCCACAGAGGACUUAGAGCAGAAAAACUGCGAGCUGGAGAAACAUAACAGGACUUUAAAGGAGGUGAGUCACACUGAGUUAAAGUGCAUAUAAAGGUGCAAAAGUUAAGACUCUCUUUCAAUAAACAUGCAUGAUUGUGACCCAGAGCCUGAAACAACAGCAGGAAGCUGAGGUGCAGGUCCAGGUGAGCUCCCAGCAACUAAAGCAAGAGAAGGAGGAACUUCAGGACAAAGUCAGCGGUCUGCAGGCAUCUUUGCAAAAGCUUCAGAGUGAGAGAGCUGAGACUGAGAGGGUGCUAACACGCAUCAGUAAAGACAAGUCAGCACUCAGAAAGACACUGGAAAAGGUGAGCUGACCCAUCUGCUUCAUCAUGAUACCGCAGAAAACAAGUUUGUUUGAUUCAAAAGUCUGGGGGGUCAAUUUCAUAAUCAUUUCAUGAACGCAAAGAGCACUGACUCAUCGUCAAAGUAUCUCACAGAAAAAAUCAUGAAUUUAAAACAUUUGAAGUUUUUCUUCAACCAAAAACUGUCAUAUAGUGCAGAAACAUUUAACAAAACACAAAAAAUUCAAUGAAACACAGAAAUAUCAUACAGACAGCAAGAAUGUUUAAUGCGUUAAAUAAAUGAUUUUGUGUUUCUCUAAAUUUUUUUAGUUUCAUAGAAUUAUGAUUGACUCCUGAAGCAUAUCUGUAUAUUGUGAAAUUUUCUGCAUUUCAUGAAAUAUUUUUGCAUCUUUGGAACAUUUUGCCCAUUACAAAUGUUUUUGUAUUGCUUUUGAAUUCUUAAGAUAUUUCAAGUUUUUUUUUAAAAAAGUUACUUUGUCUUAAAAUGUUUUUGCAUUUCAUAAUAUAUUUUGGUUAUUUAAAACACUUCUAUCUUCAGUGUUUGUUGCAUCCUUUGUUUUUGAAAAACCUCUGUGAAGAAAAUCAAACACUCCUGUAAAAAUUUUAACUGUUUUUUGAACAGAUUGAAAUCGAAACUAAUGCCUUUGUGCGACAUACAGACUUUCAACAACAAGAACUACUUCAGCAUUGUAUAGUUCCUUUUUUGGCCACAGGGGAUGCCAAAAUCAAGACAAACCAAGAGGUCCUCACAUUAACAGUCUUAACAUUUAUGUCUAAUAAACUGUAUGAUCUGCGUCAUAUGCUGCAGUCUGUAAAAAUGAUAAAAUAGAGUUGAAUCAUGUUAAACUAAACUGAUUAUGUGAUAAGGACAUUUUUAAAUCACUCCAAGCAUUGUUUUCUUCAACAUGGUUUUGUUAAAAUGAUUUUCAUAUCUGUGCAAAUUUGAAUAAUUGAUUGACCACCGUUGGUUUUGAUGUUUAGCCUGAUUCAAAUGUUUAUACUGAUGACCUAAUGAACUUACAAAUUUAGACAAACUAUAAAACAAUUUAAAAAGAGAAAUGUCACUGAUUUAAAAUGCAGUAGAAGUAUGCUGUUAAAGUCUUAUACAGUAAUAGCAAAAUUAACAAAGUUUCAAUUUUUUUAAACUUUUAAGUAAUAUCAUGUAUCUUAUAUUAAGCUGUUCUGCUACUGCCAUAAGAAGCAGACUCAAGAUCUCACAUUAAAGCCCUAAAAACAUCCCCCCACCCCCACCCCCAUUGGACCCUGUAACAUUAAACAGCUUUUGGUCAGGAAACCUGAAAAGUCCUGUUGCUGAAUAUGAGGUAAAAGGUUUGAAAUACAGAGAAGAGCCAAACCACAAACGGCUUUAAAAUAUGUAAUUAAAAUCAUCUUAAAGUCAGGUCUAAAACUUCUGGAAGCCCACGUACAUGAAGAAGCCAGGACUGAGGUAAUAUGUGUUUGGUACUGCUCAGAAGCUUCACUGCCAUAUUCUGCACUAAUAGAGGACAUGCAGUUGCCUUAGCAUUAGGAUAAAUUAUAAUUAUUAUGUUGUGUUAUUAUAAUUAUUAUGACCAUGACAUACAUUAUUACUAAAUUUCAGUAAAUUAGUAAAGUUCUUCUUAUCUUAUCUUAUCUUAUGUGACUUGGAAGUUACAUUAAUCACUGUAAGGAGGACAAAGUUUAUGUCUUAUUAAUAUCUGUCAUAUUGUUCACUUCAUUUUUUUGUUGUUUGUCGUAUUUGUUUCAUAUUCAUCUUUGUUAUAUUUUGACAAGUGAUGUUGUAGAGAUGGAAACAAGGCCUGUGUGCACCACAGGACCCUGUGCUUGGCUUCUGCCACACGUAUUACAGAAAGGCACAUGAGCACAGAACAAUCAUGGUAAAGUCGUUCACAUUAUGUCACCCUCGUGUUGUUCUCAGGUGGAGAUGGAGAGGCUGAGGGGGGAGGAGGAGGUGGCGUCAGCAGCCAGAGAGAAGGAGCAGUUGGGACAGAGGAUAACAAGUCUGGAGCAGCAGCUGGCUGAGAAACAGGAGGAGGUACAAAUUGUGCAGGUAAGACUACAUGGAGGGGGAGGACUACGGAGUCAGCUUGGGCUGAAUAAUUUGGAAUAAUGAUAUUACUCCUCUUAUCCAUAUCUAUUUCAAUAAUGCUAGAAUUCAGUCCAGUGUUUUGUGUCAGUUAUUGCGGAUGCGCACUGAGUCCAUUAACGGCUUCAUUGUGCUGGCAGACCCUAUUUUUCAUACAAGAUCACCGCAUUUAAGAAUUUCCUCUGCACAGCGUCCCAUGCAUAUAAAUGCUCACAGCGUUUGUUGCUGCAUUCACAGACCUCUCUGUUGAAAAAAACUUCAACCAAAGGAGCACCACAUGCAUUCAUUAAUUCCAGUUCUCCCUCGAUAACAAAUCUAUAUCAAGAAAGAGCGGGACAAUGGCAGAAGUGCACACUCAUUCUUUGAGCUACAAUUCCUAGAUCUGGAGCUGCUGUUAAUGCUCAGAUUCUGUCACUGUAAAUCAAGAUGAAUUUAAGGGUUUGUCUUUUUUUUUGGUAUGUAUUUUGAACCCUCUCUGAUUUCCCAUACUUGUCUUUUGCAAUAGUUUCUGUAAAAAAAGUGCAUCUCUGCACUAUAUGAAUAGGCUGCUCAAUUAGUCAUAAUUUUAAAAGAGAAACUGCUGCUCAUUAAAUUCUGAUUAAAAGAACAUCAUUUAAUGCCACCAUGCACCAAAAUGUGUUUUUUAGUUUUAAAACAGACCCAUGUAGUCAUCCCAGGGGUCAUGACCUUAAUAUCCCUGGGGUCAGAGACCCUCUGAGUCCCACUUCUGCUCAAAUACUUUUUUUUAAAUUUUAUUUUAUUUUUUAUGUCAGAACAUAGUCUUUAAACAAAAAUCCUGAUUUUAAAAAACUCAUUUAACUCAUUUGACCUAUCUUCAGGCCCAGAUCUCCCAGUUGGAACACUCUCACACACAGCGCCUCCUUGAGGUGACAGCUCGCCAUCACCAGGAGCUGGAUUUAGAGACGGAGCGUCUGAGAGAAAGUCAGCUCCAGUCAGAUCAGGCCUUAGAGACCAGGGAGAGGGCUCAUCGCCAGAGGGUCAAAUGCCUGGAGGAACAGGUAUUUAAAUCUACAUGUUGAGGACGUGUUUGCACAGAUUUUCUUCUAUCGGUUUAUGUCUGUGCCUUUUUUUGUUUGUCCAUCUGUUUUCUAAAUAACUUUCUGUUUGUCACUUUGUUUUUAAAAAGCUGCUGACCCUGAAAGAGCAGCUAGACCAAGAGACGAGCAGACGACGGGCCUAUUUCAAUCAGAUGCUUCAGCCUGGUGUUUAG